GGCACCUUGUUUGUUGCUCGUAUGCCAAAAUGUGAUUAUAUGAUGAUGCCGUAGCUUGGAGCCGCUUCAGUAAAAUUUACCGACAGGUUGCGCUAAAGUGAUUUCUUUUCAGGGCAGUGUGUCUCAGGAGAUGAUUUAUAGUUUGACCUUUGACUGGCUGCUGCGAAUGACAAAUCAAAGGUCGGUGUCGGUGAGCGGAGCCGGGGUUCAAAACGCAUCCUCAGCAAGGCACAAGACGGCGUUCCUGGGAGAAUGGUAGAAAGCGCCCUGACAGGUAAAGCUAACCACAGAAAUGUGUGUUUAUUAUCAUUUUAGGCUGGUAAUGAGAUGUGUUUAAGGGGUUAGCUUCCUUUAGCAGGCAGAGAUACAGAGAGGGAGCAUCACGAUCUGUGCUGGGGUGUUACGUAAUAUUUGGCUGCCUCUGUAAAUUCACCCCCCCUCCACGGUGCAUCCCUGACACAGAGGUUAUCAUCAAUAUUCACCUUUUCAGAGGGAAGAUACUCGUUUUUUUUCUCAUCUCAAUUUCUUAAUCACCAACUUCUUUCUGUGUUCAGGGCCUGUAUUUGACGAUAAGCAUCAUUUGAUUAUUUUAGUUCCCGAGAUUUAGACUACAUUUUUUCACAGGCGCCUCUUUGACUACUGUUUCUAGUUAAUGUAUGUGUUUCUCGUAUGAUAAACGUCUCCAUGGCCAGAAUUAGUAAUUUGAAGGUUGCCUCUGAUUUCAGAAACGGCAUUUCAGGACACCAUUUAACACUUUGACCGCCGAUCACUGUGAUAAUUUUGAAGGUCAGCUCGAUCUGUCAAAUGAAACCUCUGUUUUCUGGUAUUUUGUGCCCAGGAGACUCCUCUUGUGUCUUGAGUUUCAUAAUAAUAAUAACCUUCAGCUAGCUGUAGCUGUACAUUAAGAGGACAGCUCCUCUCUUGCACUGUCCAAUAGCACAUCCCCACCUGCGUCAUGCACGUCACGUGAUCAGCUUAACAAAGCUUGCUGUGGAUUCAUGUGCAGAUCAUCACUGACUGAGUCACCUUUUCUGUCAUAAAAGAUGGGUAUUCAGUUUCAGAGUUUCUCCAUGGUUAUUGUUUCAUAGUUACUGUAAAUCAGAAGUGGAAGCAUCUUUAGUUUGCUGGAACCACAGAUUGUGCAUAUGAAGUGGACAGAGAAAGCAAUAUUGGUCUUUGGAUUGUUAUUGUUGAUGAAGGCUUUAAAGGGAUAUUCUGGCAUAAAAUUAUUUAGGGUCAAACACAAUGUAACAACGAAAUAGACACCCCCUCGAGAGAUGAAUGUUGCAGACCGCUUGCUUUUCUAGUUAUACCAACUUUAGUAACGACCGCAGGAUAGCAAUACACAGCGGUCUUAGGAGCCAAAAACAAACCUCAACCAAAACACCACUCUAUAGCCACAAAUAAUGCUCAGAACAGCACCUAACUUCAUCAACAGUACAUGUAGGGUCCAAGCUAUAGUACUAGCCACCAAACAUCUUUUUAACUUUGCCUAACUUCUUUAGCAAAGAGACUAAACACAACUCACCUACUUUCUUCCAGCAGCCGCUUGUUUGUAGUGAGACCUCAGGCCAGUCCAUUACGGACUGCUCCGGGGUGACACAGCUCAAGGAAGAACAUUUAUGAUCAUUACUUUAUAAUUUCCUUGAAGAAAUAAUCAAUAUAUGAAUUAUUUUGCACAGCAGACGCAGCAGUGUGUUGAUCUGAUUACAUUUCCAUGUAGGAAUAGGGUCCAUGAAUUACCCGUCCAUUCAGUUAUUCCAUUAAAUCUAGUAAACAGUGGCUGAUUAUGUUUAAUUUAUCUUGUUCUAGAAUGUGAUUGGUCAGUCAGGCAAUCAAUUUAAUGUAGUCAGCAAAGUAAAACUUAAACUUUGGUGUAUUAGAAACAGACAGUUUGGAUAGUUAAACACGGAGCUUCAGUACUUCAGGAACCUCAUUAUUGUUAUUGUUCUAUUAAAAUGUAACAUUUGCGCAAACUUAUUUAUUUACUUUACCUGACAGGGUUAGUAUAAUGGACAGUGGAUAGUCAGGCCACCUUAAUUCCUACUAUGACUGACUGCUAACCAAUCUGAUUUGGUGGUGUGUUAGGGGGGUGAGGCAAUGGGUGGCACACACCCCCUUUGAAAUUUGAUUGGUCAACUCAGGUUUUAAUUCUAUUGCUAUUGCUACCUGCUAUUUUGGCUAUUUCUAACAGACUGCAAGAGUUUUUGCUUUGAAAUGCAUGUUUUCUUUUUUGUUUUUUCCAAAUGAAAUAAUAAUAAUAAUAAUAAUAAUAAUAAUAAUAAUAAUGAUAACAAUAACACCACCUGUCUGUUUCAGAGAGAAAUUAGUCCAUAAAAAUUUUAGAUUAAAAAAAUAAUGUCAACAUGUAACUACCCAAACAUUGUCAGUAAAUGUUUUGACUGUUAGCAUCUUUGUAUAUAUAGUACUAAAAUAUAAGUGAUUAAAGUAGAUUGUAAAUGGGGAUAGAAAUGGUAAAUAAAGGCUUGUUAUUCAUGUAUGUGUCGUCACAUGUUACCCCAGCAUUAGCCAGUGCCCCAGAUGGGCCAACCUAGUCAAAAAUGACCCUUUGAAGUAUUAUGCAUGUGACAAAAUAUAAAUGCUUUAUUGAGGUUGAAGUUGACAACAAGGAAAUUUUUUGAAAUUUUAAUACAAAAUAACCGCAUCAUUCAAGUAGUUAUCUGCAGGUAUCUUUGCAUUUAAAGAGCUGUUGUGAAUGGUUUCAGGCCAUUUUUGGUUAAAUUUGAGGGGGUACACAGGUUGAGGAUCUGUCCUGUUCAGCUCUCCAGAAGGGCAGCAAUAACAGCUUUCAGCUCCUAAAGCAGACCAGCUGCCAGCUCAGCGUUAUUGGCAAACCAGGGCAGAAUGGACACUGUUGUUUUUCUGAGAGAGAAAAAAAAAUCAUCUUAGCAAAUGCUCUCUGUCAUGAUCUAGUUCUUCCACACAGAAUAAGACUCUGGAUUACACGGUUACAGAUUUAGCCUCAAAUUGAAGUCCCUUGUCUGUUUUGUUGGUGGGUUGUGCAGCUGAUCCAGCAGAUUCCUGGAUUCUGCUUUAACUCUUAUGUGGAUAAUCAUUAAUCCUCAGCCUCAUAAUCAUGGAGAGAAACCAGUAAAAGUUGAGGCAGGCAUUUAUUGAAGUUAUAUGGCCGUAGUAAGUAUGAAAGCCGACUAAAACACCAAGUCUUGCAUUGAAGAAAACAGACAUGCAAACAAACUACUAUAGUGAUAUUUGAUGUAUGAACUGUCUGUCUGUGUCCCAGAUAUAACAGCUUUGUUGCUGGUCUUUACUCUUUGGUGAGAGCAAGUUGCCUAUUUUUAGCAAUGGCUGCUCAACAUGCACAAGAGUUGAAUCCAUAAAGCCAAAGCAAGAAGUAUUGUUUUCAUAUGUGGUCUGAUCCAUGCAAAUUUAGAGGCUUUAUGUAAUUAAAAAGAAGAAAGACAACAAAUCAAAUGCUGAAACUGAAAAAAGAUUGUUGUUUUGUGAAAAUUAUCCGCUCAUUUAAAGAUUAAUGCCAGCAACAUGUUUCAGUACAGUUAGGCAGGGACCACAAAACCCUUAAAAUGUCUGUAACGCUAAAAAACACCUAGAAUUACAUUACUUUGCAACAGUUUAGUAGCAUGACUGGGUAAAAAAAAAAAAGUAUCUAAGAAGAAAAGAUGGGAAGAGGUUCACCACUCUGUGAAGGACUGGGUGAGGAAGCAAAACUGUGACAGUGCAAAAGAUUUUAAGAUUUAUUGAACUCUUUAAAAGAUUCAGAGCACAUGGAGAAACAUCUGCCAAAGAGGACAAGCCUGAUAAGCCGGUGCAGUGGAAAUCCCUGCAUGGGUUCAGUAUCACAUCCACAGAUCUACGGAUUCAAGUCCAAACUGGACCAUGCAAAGAGGAAACCAUGCUGGCCACAUCUGGGCAAGCCUGUUGGAGAUGGACUUAGGCAAAGUGAAUUUGCAUAUUUUGUCCAGUAAUGUCUUAAACUGCUGCAGUGAUUGUUUUGCUUAGACCUUUAGUGAGCUGUCUGAGGUCCAAUUAACAUUAUGAAACAACUAUGAAACAUGCAAAGUGCGUGUUUUGUCCUAUCAACAGUCUCAAACCUAAAGAGAACAUGUUUACUGUAAAACUCAUGAUAGAAAAGCUGCAAAUCUUUACAGUUCAGAAGCUGGAACGGGUGAAAGUUUGGCAAACUGCCUGAAAAAAUUGCAUGUAUGUUAUUAUCAUAAACCCUCUGUUGAUGGACAUAGAAACUUAAACUCUUAUGAUAUUGUUCGUUUGCGUUGCCAUCAUGUGUAAGUCUCUGAUGAUGGAGAUUGUGAUGCCCUUUCUGCACCUAUACCUUUAUCUGAAAGGCCAUCAAAGGGUAAAUAUUGGUAGGCAUGGUUAGGAACAAGACAGGAAGCCCCCGUUUUUUCUUUUUUUCCACAAUGGAGCGGCAGCACCCUGCGUCCGGUGACGGAGGGGGUUUCGUUCCUCCCUUUUGGACAUUCCGUUCCUGCUGUGCUUUGAGCCCCGUCUGCUCGACCAAAAGAGUUUCCCAGGCUCAUGUCCUCUUUUCAGAAUCAUGCUGGCUCUCAGUUGCCAGGGGACAAGGCCAAGGAAGGAAGCAUGCCAUCAGUGGUCAGUGUUUUUUGUCCCACAUUCAUUGAUCUAGGGUCAUUACACAAGAUACUGGAGCCAAAAUCACAAAUUGGGAGCUAAAUUUAAGAAUCUGUUAGAGUUUGGUUAAAUUACAAAGAGCCUUUUGACAUCUAAAGUUAUUAUUAGUCGAGCUGAAGCUGAGAAAAAUCCCUGUGAUGCAGAGUGAGCUUCCUUUCCCUGACAAAGCAUGGUGCUGUUGUCUUGCAGAGCAGACUACAAGACUGCUCUUAUUUGAAUCUUUUAUUAGGACAAAGCCGCAGGUCCUAGUCCAUUUCCGCCAAAGGACUCAAAGAAAUUUCCUUUUUUAUGAACGCAGACUCAUAAUGUGCUCCUUAUUUCUGCCCAAGAAUCAGGUCAUGUUGGGGUUUAUAAAUAACAAUAGUGCCCUUUCAAUCACUGCAUCGAGUCCCUGAGGACUUUUGACCUCUUUGAUGCUCCUGCCACAACAUAAUUAGCUGCCUCUGCACCAAGUAAAUAUCUAUGGUUGUCACUAUUUGUCGAGAGUGAAAUCGAACCAGUUACUUUUGACUUUCCUGCAAUGCAUGAUACUCAAAGCUGAAAGGUCAAGCAAUCAAUCUAUCAAUCAUCAUGUCUUUGACACCAAAGUUAUUUUAAAGACAUUGAAUUUGCAGGUCUGUUCUGUAUAAGUAAAUGUGCUAUAGAAGCUUAAAUAGUUUAUUUAAACAUUUAUAUAGUCCAAAAUCUUUCAAGGCAGAUAGUUGGCUAAAGCUUCAAAUUUUGGGGUGGUGCUAGAGGUGGCCAAUCAGAUUAAAAGGGGGCACAUGUCACCCCUUGCCACCUUUCUGGACAUGCCCCUGUCACCUGUGUUUUUCUGUUUUCACAGUCUGUCGCCUAUUGUAUCUUUACCAUAAUGACACCGUUAAAGAUAAAAACUGAACUCUUAACCUGCCCUGUUUACUUAACUAAAAAUCCUACAUGAGGCACAGGAACCAGGGAUAACAAGUCAUUAAAUAUAUUAGCAAAAGUGUCAAACAAGUUGUGAGGACAUAAAAUUAAAGGCCUUUUAUUUGAGACUAAUACGUUUACUUCAAGUUUAUUUCUGUGGACACUUACAAAAAGCGGUUACUUGCGUACUUUUUUGUUGAUUUUCAUGUCUUGUUGUCUCACCCUUUUUUAAUUUGAUGACUGUGAAGUACCUUGUGACAACUGUAGAAAGGUGCUAUACAAAUAAAGUCUAUUAUUAUUAUUAUUAUUGUUAUUGUUAUUGUUAUUAUUAUUAUUAUCAUUAUUAUUAUUAUCUCUUGAUAUUUUUGCACACAUGAAUAUAUUAAGUAUUGUUGCCUUUAUUGAAUGAUUUAUACCCAUCACUAUGACAACAGAUCUAAAAUGAGGGUGUAUUGAUGCUCAUUCUGGCGUUUUCUGUAAGGUGCAAGCUGUUGAUUUUAUGUCAAAGUAACCGGAUCUUCCUGGCCAUGUUUUGGUGAAGUUUGAAAUGAAAAUGUCCAACAUGGAGUGAUAUAUUGUAGGGAAAUUGUGUCUCUAAACGAACUCCCAACUACUUUUUAGAAACGCCUACGUGAAUAAUAGAUGCAGCAGUGACAUCAGAGGGUUGUGUGUUGGGGUGGAUUUCCCUUUUACUCAGUCGGGGACCACAGCAGCGACAGCAGCAGCAUUAGCAGCAGUAGCAGCAGCAGUAGCGUCGUAGUAAAAUGCGGUGCUGCUGAGGAAAGAGGAGGAGAUAUACGGAUUCAAAGAGAGAGGAAGAAAGAGAGAGGAAGAAGGAGGGAGGAAAGAGACCACCCGGCUUGCAGGAUAUAUCUUUGUGCAGAAAACAGAGGAGACCGGUUGUUCUCUUCUCUUCGGACAUGUGGUGCACCCGGUAGAGGCAGUAGCAGCCCCGGCGGCGGCGGCGGAGGCUGUGGUGGUGGUGGUGCUGGUGGUGGUGGUGGUGGUGCGGUUACGGCGCAGCAUAGCCCACUACGUCUUCUUCUUUUGUCUCUUAUUUUUGUGAUUUUUGUGUCCUUCGGUUAUGAGCUUGCUGGGGGCAUACAAGAAAAAGACCAGUUACGAUGGCUAUGAAUCUUUGCAGUUGGUCGAUAGCGGAGGAGAUAGCUUCAGCAUCGGCAGAGGGGGCAGCGGCAGCAGCAGCAGCAGCGGCGGCGGCGGCGGCACACUCGCAGGCUCCAUAGCGGCCACCCUUGGACAGAAGGCAGGCCCGCUGCGAGAGGAGGACUGCAGCACCAUGGACAGCUCAGGUAAGAGUCCCACCGCGUCCCUGUUCAGCCUGGUAGGAUGUAAAGACUUCAAUGUGGCCUGUAACACAACAGUGAAAGUCUUUGAUGCUAUAUGCACAUCAUACAAUCCCCUCCAGCGUUCACAAUGGCUACUCGACUCCAUUUAAGUGUUGUUAUCAGGUUAUUGUUUGCAGAACGGGUCAAGGCAUGUCCCAGUCUGUUGAGUUAGUUUACAAGUGUCCCUCUAUUUAUUUACACACUUUUGCAACUUGAUAAAUAGACUCAGAGGGGUGAAAAGUAUCAAAAAAGUCUUAAGGGCACUCAUGCAUUAGCACAUGAAAUACUCUCCACAGCUCACAAUUUGCUGAAACAGUUACUAAAACAUAUAUCCUGGUCAAUUUUCAGUGGUCUUGAUAUAAAUAAUUGGUUAUUGUACACAGGACAGUAAAAGGCUGCUCAGUGCUACUCAGUUCAGACUAUAUAGAGAGGUAUUCAGUGUACUUUGUUAUGAGUAUUAGGAUUUUCUGCAUGAAAAUAUUAGAACAAAGUUCAGUUUUGGUGUCAAAAACAGAAGAAAUAUGUACAUUUAUUGUGGAUUUAUGAUUGAACUAUGUUUCAAUCAUUAACAAUGAGUUCCCUUUUGUGGUCCUGCUCAUUUUUUAGCUUUUAAACUACUUGUAAUACAGUUUCAGUAAUUUGAUAAUUGAGAUAAUGUACAAGCAUGAGUAUCUUAUACAGUAUAGUAUCCUAAAUAUGUUGCACUGUGUAUACAAACCCGUAAUACAAACUAGAAACUAUGAUUUAAAGCUUUUACUUUUUCACGCUUUGACUUUAAAUAUAAAACAAAGUCAUACUAACUGUGAUCCUGCAGGUCAGUGAGAAGGAGGAUAAUCUCUUUUGGAGUUUUCGGCAGCAGAAGGGAGAAAGUUUGUCAACUGGCCAUGAAUGAUGCAUCAUAAAAUUAAGGAGAAAAAAAAACUGAAAACAUGAUCAAUGAUGUUGAAGCUGCAUGCUAUUAUCCAUCUGUUUGUCAUCAAUCUGAUGGCAAACCCCUACAUGCUCUGUUUAAUUCUGUCAUUUAUUUGGCACCUCAUUGGUAUUAUGAAAUUCAAUUCUGUCAACUGAGAGGAAUAAAGUGUUACAACAGCAGCUAAUGUUGGUCUGUGUUCCUGAGGGAACAUUCACAAAUUAAUUAUUCAACUAAUAUAGUGUCCAUUUGUCAUCCAGUAUGGUAUUACAGAGGCAAAUGUGACAAUAUAAUGAUAACUUUCACACCAUAGAAAACAUACUUCUACAGAGUAUGAAAUGAUAAUGUUUUGGAUGUUUUAGUCGAAAGUAAACUUGCUAAAUUAAAGUUCAUGUGGGGAGUUUUAACAGAUAAUUCAACAGACUGAGUUGAUGUCUCUUUAUAAUAAAAAAAACCCCAAACAAACAAACAAAACCUCCAAGACCAUAAAAAAUAAAAAGGGCCUUUCCUCUACUGUUAUUUUUAAUGUCUGACACUUCUGGCAGGGGGAGGGAGGGGUAGGUGUCAUACAGCCUCCAAUUUCAUGUUUAGUCGCAAAAGUUCUUAAUAGAUUUGACAUUUGACUGUAAAAGAAAGCAGGGGAACAUUUUUAAUCUAGAUCUACAGGACAAAUUUGGCAGAGACCACUUUGUCCACAGGGGGCGCCAAAUCAAACAAAAAAGUACAAAUAUGAACAGCUACCUUAAAGUGAAAUGUGUUUACCAUUCAGUCGUACGUUUGUGUAUUUUUGACUGUUUAUCUCAUGGAAAUGAGGCUCAUAUUCAUCCUAGGAAAGGUGCAAUACUCAACAAGUCUAGUAAAAAAAUAAAACUACUCUUCCUAGCAUGUAGUUUAAAGCUGAUGACUGUCAAUUUAAAGGCCUUAAUGAUACUUUCCCGAUGAACUUAAACAAAGCAAAACAAUAGCACAGUUUAAAAGUAAAUUAAAGCAGAGUAUGAUUGAUUUAUGAUAUUGUAUAUGGGUAUGGUACAAAUGAGAGAUUUGAAGUUUUCUAGAUAUAUGUAUGAAGUGCACAUUUGUUUGUUUAUACGUAUAUAUAGGUAUGGAUUUAUAUAUAAGGUCUUUGUUUCAGUAUUAAUGAUUUGUUACAUAUUCAUGUUAGACUUUGGAGCUUUUGUUUCCUUUUUGGCGACUUCAGAAAUCCAAAAAAUCUAGUGACAUGUAAAAGGUCAAUGAAUAGGAAGGAAUGAGGGUAGGUACAAUUAAACUAAAUAGCUUCUACCUACUCCUUUCCGAUCUCCAAAAAAUGGGGAAUUUCUUGUCUCAAAUUUAAUGUAUGUAUAUUUGAUCAAAUGAACAAUCUCUCUCUCUCUAUCUCUAUACUUAAGUCUUAGAGGAGAAAAACGUCACUUAGAUAUAAAUGCAUGUACCAUUUGUUCUGUUUCUAUAUAAAUAGCUGAAAUCCUCUCUGCUCCACUAUUCUUAAACUAGUCAAUGGGCAACAUAUUUUGUCAAUACAAAACACUUGUUAAAUAGUUUAAGUUAACAAAGUAUUGUUUGUGGCAUGUGUUGGAUCAGGAAGAGGAAUCUCAUGAAUUCUGUCUUAAAAAAAGGACCAAAAUGUGAUCAUUCACAGGCCACAUUGGGUCCACAGGCCACCUAUUGAAUACAUCUGCGGUAGUGUGUGUGUCCUGCGUUCACCUCACUGCAGCGCUCUGUGGAGUCAGCCAGCCUCCUGGGAUGAACACUCAUGUGAAACAAAAGAUGAGGAAGGUGGGAGGGCGGGUCAAUGAGGGAAGGGGAUUGGGGUUGUGGUGGGCUCCAGUGUCAGAUGUCUGUCUUCUCCACCAGCCUUUUUUUUUUUUUUGGAUGCUCUCUUUCAUGUGUGUGCCCGUCCCUGCCCGUGUGUGUCCCAUUCACUCAAAGCCUGAUAGUGAGGGUGAAAGGUUGGCACUCCACAAGGAGGGAGACACUUUCAAACAAACCAUUGAUCUCUGUCUAAGAGCUCUCCUCUCUGUUGAUGUCCCGCUCCAUCUUUUAGCAAGCGGCUGGGCUUUGCUGCUGGAUUACCUGCCUGUUUCUGAGCCUCCUCUGGUGUCUUUAAUGGCAGCGUUUGUCACUGUAACUGGCUCUGCAGUCUGCUCACUCCCACAUCCAUCUGGCCUCAGAAAGAGAGGCACAGAGAGCAGAAACACAGCAGAUUUAGACAGAGGAAUAAAAACAUCAGAACAUAGAUGGAGAAAAAGAGGAGACGCUCAAGAAAGGACACAUCAUAGCUACUAAACAGUCUUCUGAUUCGGCAGAUUGAAUAAGUUAUUAAUCAUACACCCCUUCUCUAAUCAGCCGUACCGGGAAAAAAAUGGACUACAGCGCAGCCAUUCAGGUCCAGGACUAAACAAAACCUCUUACUGUGAUGUGGCACUGAGAUUGAGCGCAGUGUCAUGUGUUUGCUUUUCAAGCUUUAGUCUUGUGUGUACGCGCCCAUCUGUGUCAUUCGCACAAGCCAGAUAUUGAGGGAGAAAGGUUUGCUAUUGUACGAGGAGGGAGACACAUUUCAGCGACAAAUUGAUCCCUGUAGACAAAACUCUCAUUUCAGCUUCCUCUCAGUUGUGUUCCUGUCUUACCUUGUCUUCCUCUUUCUCCUCCAUCACUGCGCUCGCCUCUUUUACCUGUGCAGCAUGAUUGGCAGAUCCAGGUUGAGUUUAUAUAGCUCCUGAUUUCAAGGCAGAGCAGCAUCCAGGUUUUCCUAAUACGUGCUGUCAUGCUCACCGGCUGGGAAAUUUGCAUAGUAAGGAGGUUAAAAAUAGACCAAACUAGGAGGUGAAACAGCACUUUGCAUACCUCUGUAGAGUCAUGCUGAGUAUGACAACAUGUUGAACAAAUCGUUCAGUAUUUUAGCAAGUGCAUGUCUUUUUUUUUGUGCUUGGAUUUGGGUUUUAAUCAUCGCUUAAGCUGAGCAGUGAUUGGCAGCAGGGUGAAACAGCUAGCCAGACUCCUUCAAAAGUCUAUCUUUUAACAUAAUGUCUUUAUAGAUCAAACAAAAAAAGAUUGUUUUUGUUCAUUCAAACUCUUUACAAGCACUGGAGAGUGGAUGCUGUUGCUUGUGGGCAAAGCCAGGCUAGCUUAGUUAAUGAACCAUUAACUGCAGAUACCAGAGUAUGAGACAGAUAAGAGCUGUUGCCAUAUACGCAGUACAAGAAUUAAAAAUAAUUGCCUCUAAAACAAAAAUAAAACAUAACAUUUAGUAAUACCAUGACUUCAAAGUAAUGGUCCUUUAUGCUGGUUGUUGUGAAUCCAAAAACAAUGACAGAGCGUCCUUUUAACUGUAAGUUUUGUCUACAAGAAGUGGUUAACUUCAAAAUAAAAGCAUGUUUUGACAAUACAGCAUAUAAAACAACCUGCAAGUAAGACAGAAAAAAUCAAAAUAAAAGCAUGAUAAACAAUUUUCUAAUAAGACCAUAGGGUUGAUGAUAAGUGGUAAAAUUUAGUAUAAUCAGAAAUGGAUGAUGACAUGUAAGGUAACUGCAUUUAUUCAUUAAGUUUGAUUCACUAAGGUCAGGUGUAGCCUCUCCUUUAACACAUUUGAAUGCCAGCUGUUCUCUGAAGGCAUGAAUCUGAACUUUUACCAUCACUGUCGUUCUUAUAAAUGACACUCCUCCUCUAUAUGCCAGCAAGCUAAUCAGGAAGCUGCAUGUCAUCAUUAUGGUCUAAAUGAGAUAGAAAAAUAAUAAUGAAAUGAAAUAUGCGUGUUAUGACUAUUUAUUAAAAAACAUGUAUUUGCAGAUGCAGCUGCUCAGUAGUAGCACUUCACCCUAGAUGCAGUGAUGGUUAUUUUUCCAUAUUUUAUCUGCCUAUUAUUGUGACAAAUAUCUAAUAUGAUAAUUCUACAUCAUGCUCAGAUCCUUUGAUGGAGAUACCUUUAUCUGCAGCUGACUAUUGUUUAGAUUCAGCUGUAUAUACUGUGGUCAGAGUCAGUAGGCAGCAGUAGCAGUAGAGUUUCCUCCUGCAGUAAUGGCUGUUAUGAGAGAUGGGACCACACACAAAUUGCUUGCUGGAUUUGUCUGUUCUCUGACAAAACAGGUGCUUUCACCUGGGAGCUAUACUAUCCUUCUUUUUUACUAAACCAAGUGUUGACACCCAGCCUUCCAAGUAAAUAAAGGUGAAAUGAAAAACUACUUUCACCUCAAAAAGGUGAGGGAGUCGCAGUUUUUUAGACAAGUAAGAAAAGAGAGUUCUAAAAGUCGCAGGGUUUGAAAACAAAAAUCUGCUCAGCUUUGAUUAUUUUUGUCCAUUAAUGUUUUUUUUUCACUUUAUUGGUAGAAACUGUAAAUCUUCACUGUGACUAUUGUUGUGAUGUGAUUUUUAAGACCUGAAAGCAGUGCGAGAGGGUUGUUGUUUAGCAAAGCACUUAAAAAAAAGGUCCCUGUUUGCACUAUUUCUACGUAAAACAUCCACAAUAAAUGAAGCAUUUGACUGUCCAAAGUCGGAAUGAGGAGAUUUUUCUGUCAGAAGACAGCACUUAAACACUGAGAAAUACACUUAAAGCUCCAGUGAGGAACUUUCAGUUUAGGUCAACUCUGGCGCCCCCUGUGGACAAAGCAGUCUAGCUUAUUUUUCCAUCUACAUGUUUUCCUGACAGAAUAGCUCAUAAGGCUGUUUUCGGCAUGAUUUGAAUUGUAGUCUAUUUCAGUAAUGUCAAAAUACUUCUCACAGGAGCUUUCGGCAUAUUGCGGACACAAAGUUCCCCACUAGAGCUCCAAAUAUGAUUAAAUUAAAAACAUUAAGUUUUGGGCAUCUUCCUGCCUGUUAAAGAAUGAAGAAAUCUUUUUCAGCCCAAAGUUUUGCUCAGUUAAUCAUCAGUAUCAUCCCAAAGCAUGGGAAACAUUAUUAGUUGUUUUGUGACAAUAAAAUAAAUGCAACAAAAACAACUUUAUCGAGCACUUUUCCAAAUACAUUUAACACAGUAUUUCUGAGAGGCUUAAAAAUAAAAAGAGGAGUACAGAAUUUUCAAAAACAGCUUGAGUUCGAAUGCUCUGUCCUUCGGUAAACUGGGAAAACCAAAAUUCACCUGAUCCAAGGAUACAACAGCUAUGGCACUUGAGAGCUAGAUGUGUUUGAGGGGAAACCCAUAAAGCCUGAGAUUAUUCAGUCGUACCUUCAAAUCUUUUAUAAAACACACACUAACCAGAUAAACAGCCUUAAAUGGGGGUUACAAGAUCACAGGUCUGUGUUGUGGUUGAAGCCUGGAUUUCUGUCUCUUCUGUCUUAUUGCAUUAAAUUUUUUGAUUUCUCUAUUUUUACACCAACCAUCAACUCCAGUGUUCAUGCCUUUUGAGUUCAAACAUUUUCUCUCUGUUCCCCUCUGUUUAAUGUGAUUUCAUGCUUCGACUGUAGGGGAUUUCUGUGUAUUAUAUGCUGCUGGAGUUCAACAAGCAUGUGCUUUAUUUCCCAGAAAAAAAAAAAAGUCUUCAUGGGGUCUGUGCAGUCAAAUAGUCUAAAUAUAGAAAAGAGGGAAUAAUUGACUCAAAUUUACACAAAAGACAGUAUGUGAUAGACAUUUAGGAAAAGAAAGGGUUGGAGGACUGAAGAAAAGAUAUUUCUGACUUUGAAUGUGGGAAGAGAAAAUAGUGAAAGAGUUUAUUAUUAAUCAGGGAUCUUUUUCUCACCCUCCUGCUUCUCUCUAAAUAGAUUUCCUCUUACAGUGUUUGUAAAGUCUUUGUGAGUGUUUGCCAAAGUGUGAAAGUUAAGUGUGCUGUUAGAAUAAUCAACUGAACAACUCUGCGGUUAUCCAAAAAUAUACAAAAACUGGCAACUUUGAAUUUCUAUUUCUCAAAGAAACAGAAAAAAAAAUAUUACAUUUGUCUCAAAGUGCUGAAAUAGAUGUCCCUCAGGCUUUUAGAGGUAAUAACUUUAUCAACUUUGUCAGCUGAUAAUACUAUCACAUCAUUAUCAGCACAAUAUCAUCUCAAUUUUACCAACUAUGAGCACUAGUCAAAUGAAAAAAAGAUUGCUCAGUCUUUCUCUAAGCAAAUGUGAAGAUAAGAUUCUGCCUUCUUGUUGAUUUUGAGAAGUUUACUUUCAGCUAAGUAUUGCCUAAAACCCUCUUUUACUGACUGUCAGCUUAACUUAUUUAGAGUUGAGUGUUUGGCAGGUUUACACCCACGACUCUUCUGGGGGGUACACCUCAAGGUUCUCUGCAGGUUAUGUCUUUUUUUGUAGUAUUGGUGUUAACACAAGGUACAGUCUGACAUUGAACUAAAAAUAAAAACUUAACCUGCUCUGUGGAUCAUCAAUCUAGUUUUUGCUCAUCAUACUAAAGCAACACUCUGCCUCUCUUUACCUUUUCACAGUCUUCUUUAUACUUCUACACGCACACACACAGACUGCAGACUUCUAAGUUAAUUAUAUUUAGGGAAAAAACAAAUCCCAUCUGAGCACACAGCUGCUCAAGCCUGACCCCAAACUGUAUAUUUUUCUGGACUCACUCGGGUCAGUCAGUUCAGUAUGACUCAAAGUUUCCACCGUAUCAACCAGAAAGCCGGUUCACCCUUGUCAUAUAAGCUCUGUAUGGCUUAUGGCUCGAGCUCAGAGUGAUUGAAUGUUGCUUUGUCUGUGGGUGGCUUCCAGCAGACACGGCGGUGGAGGACAUUUUUGAUGAACCUGGGUGGUUAGAGGGUAGACUCCAUCGCACUGAAAAAUCCCUGUUGAGUGGGUUUUUCUCUCACCUGCGUUGUGCCAAAGGUGAGAGAUUUCUCAGCAUCGAAGCUGCAUCUCUAGAGUCCCACUGAGUCCGCCAUGUGUGGAUAUACAGAGAGGAGAGGGGGAUAAAGUGAGAGGAUAGGGAGAGAAAAUCUCAGAUCAGCAGAGGGUUGCUGACUAAGAUAUGAUACUUGAAUGCAUCCCAACUUUUGCUUACUCUUUUUCAGCGUACUACACACACAUUCACAUAAGCACAGCUCUGGCUUGUGUGCGUCUUGUCUCUUGUGUCCUUUUCUGCCAUGCCUUUACACCCACAUCUGUUUAUUUGGUAUGUUGUGCAGUGACUCAUAUCUUCAACACUUCAGCCAAGUGAAACCCUCUGAGAUACAGUCUCCAACUGAAUGAUUGUGUUUAUUCAGCACAAACUAGAGACACAGUCAAGCACAUCAUCUGCAUACAGCAUGAUAAUUUUUGGAAAAACACAAUAUAAACACCAUAAAUCCUCAAAUAGUAAUAAUAACUUUAUUAGUAAAACUAUAGUAUAACUUUAAAGUCAGUAAGUAACUUGAAAACCUUAUUAGAUAAUUAAAAACAUGCUGUGCUUAUGAACACUUAAUAAAUGUUAAUUAGCAUUUAUAAAAGCAUCAUAUUAAUAUUAUUUACAAUGCUCAUAAGACACAUUAAGGCUCUCGUUAGAAACUUUAAAAAAGUUUAUAUACCUGUCACAAACAUCACUAGCAUGUUUAUAAUCAUAAAUUAGUCCUUAUUAGGGUAAAACAAACAUUAGUCUGAACAUCUAAUAUAAAUAGUUAAUUAUUGAUAUUUUAUUUAAUCUGUAAUUAACCCUUAUAGAGUCUAAAUGAUGUUUAUAAGCAUCCUAUUGAUGUUAAUGAAAGGCAAAUAAACUUUAAGCAAGUUUUUAAUGUGACUUUGAUAGUGUGUUAUAUGCAGUAAGAAAUGUGUUCUUACACUUUUAAAAACACUAAACACUGUUUAUUAGCAUCGUAUAAUUUCUUAUUUAAGGCCUAUUGACUUUUGAUUAAUGUUAAUUACAAGAACCAUAACAUAAAGUGUUACCAAGCAAGGUUAUAUCCACAGGCUUGAUGUACAGAUAUACUGUAUUAAAUGCUUUUUAAUGCAUAACGUCUCUUUUGAAUGUAUACAUAGAAACAGCAGGGGUGUUCAGUGACGCCAUGUGCUUGGCGGUGCUGUUUGUGGUGCAUUUAACUCUUUGCGUGGGCUUUGUAAAUUUGUCAGGUGAAAAGCAAUGUCAUGUUUUUAUGAUUCAGACCCUUUUUCUUUUUUUUUAUUUACCAAAAUAUAAACAUCCAAACUUCUCAGACAGAGACAGUUUGAUUUAUUGUCCUGUCUCUAAUACAAGCCUGUUUCAUAUACAGGCCUGGUACCUUCAGCAUUUAGGCUUUACAAGAGUUUUGAAAAUGAUGUUUAAUGUGUGUAAUCCAGUUUCGAACUGAAGAAUCAUAUUUAAUCAGAAAACACUGUUAAGUCAAACACAUCACUCAUCAUCCUUGGUAUGAACAUGUGUGCUUUCUUCUGAUUUGUCAAAUCUCCUCUGUCUCCAGAUAUGGACGCCAACUAUGGCGGAGGACUGUUGGAUAUGGUGAAGGGAGGAGCGGGGAAGUUCUUCAGCAACUUUAAGGACAACUUGAAAGACACGCUGAAAGACACUUCCACGAAGGUCAUGUCUCAGGUUUCCACGUGAGUUGAAAUCUUCAUUUAUAGUUACUGAAAAAUCCUGCAAUAUAACCAACCACAAAACUGGUUGCUAUUACUCAGAUUUUGUUUUUGAGCAUUACUUGGGCUGUAUGAGCAACUCACAGCAUUCUUAACAUCACUAAAUCAAAGAGGUUGGAUCAUUAAGACUCAACAUUUUGAACAAACUGUUCCUGGUAGUUUUUCAAUCUUAUCAGCAUGACUCCAAGAAGGUCUUAUCUCUUCUCUCCUUUGCUGUGAAAGCAGCACUUGACUGUGGGUUGACUGGGGGAGUGGACUUUUUUAUGUUUACCAAAAAAUACAGCUAUGGGGCCUUGUGUGUUUAUGAUACGAGUAUAAUAAGAAGAGUACAUGACAAUAUCUUGUUGUGACCUACUUUUUUAGAAUUUUGGUGAAUAUCUUACGCUGCAGGCUAACAAAAAUACCUCUGUGGAUGCAAACUGCUUCAGGGUAACUGGGAGAGAUCUACUUUAGGGAUAAGUAGAAGUUGAAGGAGCAAACUCAGGGAUCAGAAACCACUCGGGAAAUUACCUUGAAUGAACUUGCAUCGCUGGUCUUCAGUUUUUCUUCUCCUUUGGCUCCUGCGUCGAUCAAUCAAUAUGAAACCACAAAACUGUAGUUAUUCUGCUCUCUGUCCUUGUUGAAUCAUAUGUGCUAUUUAACAAGGAAGUCUUUUUUUCUAUUAAAUCCUCUUUUACAAGUCUGGACAUGGUACAACUCUAAUAUCCAACAAGACAAGAUUAUAACUCACAAACAAAAGUCUGUCUUUGCCGUCAUAUGAAUGAGUUUUAUGGCACAAUGCCCAGACUUAGUCACUCCUUGCCAUGGAUAUUUCGACACCUGCGACUUUUAUUUUGAAGUUCCUUUACAAUAGAUUACUUUUAAGAAAAUAAAGAACUAUAUUUUUUUUGUUUAGAAUCUUAUCCAGAGCACUGAAAUCAGGCAAAUGUGUAUCUAAUCAAUAUGAGCUGUGGUAAUUACUUUGAUUGACUGAGUGUUGUUUCAGCUGCUGAUUGCAGUGUAAACUGAGUCCACAUCAGCUUUAGAAGUGAAACAGAGCAGUAAAGAUGGAAGGAGGAGAGAGGGAGGGUAGCAGAGUCUGGCACGGCUCGCUCGUCCCAGUGUGUUUGUGCACAGGCAUCUGCACAGGGGCAGAACAAAGGGGCCUCUGUAUUGUCACACACAUACUCUCUCAGUAUUGACUCAGCAAGUUCGAUCGUGACCAUUCCUCUCCUGUGUCUCCCCUCCUCUGCCGCUCGCAUCCUCGCAGACUUACACCCCUGUCCUGUCGUACCCCUGUGUUUUCCAGCCUCUCAUCUCUGCUCCACCUCCUCUCCUCUCUUCCCCUCUCAUUGCCGUCUAUCGCUCCUCUCUUGUCUGAAUUAUUCAUGGUGGUUCAUUGUGCCAAAUGGCCAGUGCACUGCUGAUACAGAAGGAUUCAUUUCAUUAGGGCCCUGCUGUGUGUCGGUCGGUGUGUGUUUGUGUGGAGUGUAGAUGUAUAUGUGAGUGGGUGGUUGGGAUAAUGGGGCGAGGGAAGCAGACUGCACUGGUUACCAGCUUGAAAGCCUUUAGAAAGGGAAGGUGCAUGUGCAGAGGUAAAACAGCAUGCCACAGUUUAGUGCAGCAUACUUAAAAACAGAUUUCCUUUGAUGAGUGUCAACCCUGAUGAUCCUGCUGGGAUGUGAAACACUGCAGAGUUAACUAUGCAAAUGUGAUUACCAUUAAAUAGAUUUUCUAUCUGAGGAGUAGGAAUGUGACAACACUAGUCGUUUCCCAAGGUUAAGGGUGUACCCUGCAGUUUAUUGUCCUUAUAAAUAAGUAAACACCAAGCAAACUUAGGAGUAAACAUUUGCUUUGUUGUGGAUUCGAUCCACUGUAUAGUUAAAAGUACAAUAGUGGGAUUGUGUCGACAUUUAGUUUGUUUUUCUUCUUCUUUUGUAACUUUUGACUUAGCUGAGUGAACUUUGUCAAGGUUAAACUUUGAAAUUAUGCAGUUAGUUACAGAUAUGAAAGUGUAAAAAGGCUGCAGAAUUUAAAGGCACAGUAAGGAGUUUUUUGACUGGAUAUAAAACAGACUGAAAUGAGCAGUGAUGACUCUUCAUGACCUGCAGAAGCAAUGACAGGACUGACAAUUGUUACGAAUUAAAUUUUAAUGCCUGUAACUCCUGCGAGGGGGAGGUAAUGGAAAAACAGCCGAAUUUUACCUUCUCCAAAGGAAAUAUCCACAGAAAAUCACAUAUUUCACAGUUUAAAGGUCCUUUUUUUAUCAGAAAACAUGGCUUCAGCAUGUGCAGGACAAAACUAGUUAAGAAGUAUGUAGUACUAGUAUGUAAGUACAGUCAGGUACUCCUGACUGUCUCCACACAUCAAGCAAAGACAUGAUUAGACGCUCCUACUACUCUGGCGGUGCAAAUGACGCGAAUUGGGCGUGAGCUGAAAAUGUCUCAACUUGAGCGCAUAUUCACGUCGCGAUAACUAAUCAGCACAAAGGUUGCCGGGUGAUGUAUGAAAAUGGAUGGUUGUUCACUGGUAUCUAAAAUGGAGGACAAACUGAUCGUGUCAGUGUGUGUGUGCCCUGAAUUGUGUGAUACCUUCUCUUUCAAUUACCAAAACCAGAAUAAAAAGGAGCUCGCCUGGAGGCAAGUGAGUGAGGAGGUGGGAUUACCUGGUAAAUUGUAAAAGAUUCUUGUCUAUCACUUGAUCCCGCCGGUUUAACUGACAGGGAUUACUGUUGAAAAUACAGUUGACGCGCAAAUGAAGCGAGCAAAUACUAUUCAUUCACGCGUCUAGAUUCGCGUGCAUUAAGCGAGUAGAUGAUUUUACUCUCGCUUGGUGUGAGUCCACAGUUAGCACUGUCAAAUCCAUCAUUAUUGGAAACCAUCACAACCUGUGAGAGGAAAUGAUCCUUUUUAGAGAAAAGCUGCUACACUUCUGCAAAAUUAGGUAAUUCAAGGGUGGCGCUACAUCUUUUUAGAGGACAAUGAAUCAUUUUUUCAUAUCCAAGACAAUAAAUUUUCUCAAGCACCAUUUACUCCAGAUAAUUAAACCUGUUUCAAGGUAACUGCUCACAAGUUUUCUCAAUAAGAUGUCUAAUUAUCUUCUUUCUUUUGCUGGAACUAUCGAGGAAUAAUUAUGAAGCACGGGUUGCAUCACUUAUAUUAUGAAAUGUAAUGGAAAAAAUGGUUUUCUGGGUUAUCUCAAGACACAGACCAGAGUCAAAACUCAAGACAAGACCGGGACGCCUGACUCAGUUUCUGUCAUUUUUCAAUCAGAGGGUUGACUGUUUGAUCGCAGCUCCUGCAGUCAAAGUGUCCCAGUGACACAGUCAGCAGAGUGUAAAUGUGUAUGAAUGGAGAUUAACUAAUACUGGUGUUUUGCUACUCUUCUGUUAUCAGUGUAGAGGUGAGGGGUGGUGAUAAAAAGAGCAGUGAGAGCUCCAAUAGACAAGAAGAGCACUGUACAUAAGUGUCUUUACCGUUUACUAAAAGAAAAUUGCAGCUUUUUUCAGUGUCAGAGGUCUUUUGCCGUUUUUGUGAAUCCCCUCAGCAGAAUCGUCUCUGCCUCUAUACAGAGGGAGUUUUGGUGCCCUUCAGAAGCACCGUCUCUGUUGGUCUUUGAGUGGUCUCUCUCUGACUUCUUUAGAGGACUGUCUCAUCCCAGUUUAUCGACUUUUGUAACACUUAAGUGGAAAUUCCCCCGAGCACGCUUGAUGGGAGGGACACCCCUGCAAGCACAGUUAUUGACUGGGCCCCUUAUACCACUAGAAGUCCAUGUUGGGUCCUUUCUGCCCCUGUGUAAUACAUAUCCAUGGCGAAAAGCUGUUAGUGAAUUAUUUAAAGCAGCCUGCUUGUUUGUUUACCUGGCUGAAGGGAAUUUCUGCAGAGGAAACAAAUCUGGCAACAACGCUCAACUGUGUCUGUGAGGACCGGCACGGCUGUGGAGUCUGGAAGGCUGAACAGGGUUUGUGAAAGGCACAGUGUCCUUGCAGGCAGACUGCACCCCCCCUCCAACCCCCACCACACCCACCAGCCUCCCUCACCAAACACACAUUCAUCUCUUCUUUCUGCUUUCUAUUCAGCCUCUUUCUCAUUCUCAUAUUUAUACCCACCCUCACUUUUCUUCUUACUUGGAGAACAUCUCUCUCUCUCUGUGUUUCCUCUUCUGCCGCUGAAUUGGGACCCUUAAAGGAUCCACAUCCCUCUAGAUUCACCACAGUGUGUUUUUAAUCAUGCAUUAAUUGUGUAACAUUUGAUAUAUCUAAACUGUGUAUCACCUUGAGAACAGAAUAACUGAUGAUAACGGCAUUUCUCUCCUGGGUGGUCCCCGUGUGAAUAUGGUGAAAUAGGACUAAUGGAAUCAAAAUCAACAAAGGGGAGAGUUUUUAGCAGCAUGUGGAUUUCUGUUCAAACACUAAAAAAUGGAGGAUUGAGAAGGGAGGCAUACAUGGAGCGGAUGUGGAAAGCCAAAUCUUCUUUCUAUUGGGGAUCAAAUCCACUUUUACUGUGUUUGUGUGAGUUUUUGUGUGACUGGGCUGAUAGAGGAGCACUUCUCUACUAAUGCAGUCUGUCCUAAAACACAACAAACAGGCACUGUGGGGCAGGUGCUUUUGGGUGUGUUUGUAGUUCCUCUUUGCCCUCAGUGUGUGUUCACAGACUGAACUGGAAUAACGUCCAUCCAGCCUCUUUAACCAUUUUUACACUGCAUGUAAAAAAGACUAAUUUCUUCAUUGGUUGAAACUGCUAGUGCAUAACUUUGCAUUAUUGGACACGUGGCUGAUUGACUGACUGUUGUAGGGCUGGGACGAUAUGCUUUCCUCCCGAUUCGAUUCUUCUAAUAUUUUUUUGAUGCCAAUUCGAUUUAAAUUGUGAUUCUAGGAUAUUGUCGAUUUUCCUGUUUUUUUUAGUCUGUAUUUUUAACACCAGUGAAACAGUUAAAUGAUUAUGAUUGUCUACUAACUAUUCCAGGAAACAUAUUUCCCCCAAAAAUACACAUCACAUGUAAAAGAGUUUUUAAGAUUUAUUUUUAAGUUUGAAAAAAAAAAAGAUUUUUAUCAAAAAAACUGAUUUAAAAAUUGCAAAAAAAAAAAAAAUCGUGAUACUUUUGUGAAUUAAUUUUUUCUCCCACCCCUAGACAGGCAGGUGUGCUUUUUUCUAGGAGGCUUCAGACUUUUCAAAAGUUUAGCUGAGUCAGCAUUUUCAAUGUGAUAACUGCUAUUGUUGAGUUUCAUAAAUUCUCUUUAAAAACCAAUGAGUAACCUCACUUAGAUUAGGUUUACGCUGUCUUUUGGUCCCAUAUCUAAGUUUCAGUCAGGCCCAACCCUGUUAAGUUUCUGAGAUCAGACCAAAUCCAGUUUGUUUGAGGUGGUUUUGCAGGAAGCAAGUGCACAGCAAUGCAGCAGGACACAAAGACUGAAUGUAGCAGACAGACUUUGAACUUUUACUGAAGGUUAUUGUACUAACAUUGCAUUAUAAUGCAAAAUGAAUACAUUUUUAUUAAUUUUUAUUCCACAUAACCACACUCUUCAGAGUUAUCUCAUUGAUAUACAGCUUAGUCCAGACCUUUUUCAUCAAGGAGGGUUAUUACUUGAAAUAAGUCAAGUCAUAUUUGGCAGGAUGACUUAGUUCUGAGAGCUCCCUGUCCUUCCAUGUACGUAAGUGCAAAUAAGUGCAGCUCCUUCCCUUUUCAUGUGCAUGUAUCAAAAGCCAAAGUAGGGAGAGCAUCAGCAAAGGGAACACAGCAGAGCAGGCAUUGGUUACUACGAGCGUUAUGUUAAUUUAAUUGGACACAGCAUAAAAUGGAAGAGCACUGUGGGUGCAGCAAGAGUUGGCAAGAUCAAGAAGUUAAGAUCAGCAAAUGUACUUCUGGCUGAGCUGGACUUUGUGGCCUGCCUUGAACUAACACUUCACUCAAUAUAUGUCUAAAAAACAAAGAACACCAGUGUAGUAUUUAAUUUGGUAGUUAAUGAGUAAUUAAAUAAACUUUUUAAGACGAUAUCAAUUACUGAAAUCCCCACUGACAAAAAUGGAGGAUUUCAGUCCUCCAAACACGUCCUCCCUCCCCUCAUUUCGCUCUCUGUACCACACUUGUGCUUCACUUUAAUUGGCUGCAUCUUUAAAGCAAAGCAGGUCAGGGAGACUGCUCAUUUGCAAACUCAACGGCUGUUGGCCCUGACUGUUAAAACCUGACACCUGACCUGCUUCUCUACUUUAAUAGCCAGGAAGUUAUUUCAGGAGAGGAGGACCACAGGUUUGCACAACACGUCACAAUGACUCUCCACAUUUGAAGGUUUGUGCAGGCUUUAGUUAAAUGAACAUUUCGAGUUUAAAAAAAAAAAGAUUAACAGUACAAACUCUUGGAAACUAUGGCUCUACACUCCGGCUUUGAUAUUAUCCUUAAACAUCCUUUAAUGUCAUUUUCCCACUUUUUUAUUAGUGAUUGAGCUCAGAGUAUUUGUGCUUUAUUGGCAGCUUAAUUUUACACAACAAGCUACUAUAUCAACAUCCUGUUACACUUUAGUUACUCCUGUGUAACACUAAAAUCCCAAGACACAUUUUUAGUGUUCACUCUUUCCAAAGAGGUCAAGCUUAGAGUCACUGCGUUACAUAACCAGGUCCAGGAUUGCAUCAGGGCCAUAUGGCAGUCCUCCACGGCCACACGGAGAUGACUGCUGCCCCAGAUCAGCCCUGCUUGAGGGAUUUUCACAGUAGGCAACAACAUAACUCAAUCUGAAACACAUUAGCUCACUAAUGUGUUUUGUUUGAUAAUCUCUGGACAGUGGGAAGCCAAGUGGCUGCUGAGUUAGAUGUCAUGUUGGGAAAACUCCUCAGAUAUGACCUUUUUUUUUUUUGAGAUGAUAAAAGAAAAGUGUUCAAUGAUCAUCCUGUUUGACUUUCACUACCUGUUUUUUCUCACUAGAUAUAAAAAUAAUAGUUUUUUAAGUAAAAACUCUAAAUCUUUGCUUGUAGAAAUUGAUUUUUUAAGUUUUCGUUGAAUGAGCAUGUUUUCUUUCGCCUCUAUCAUGCCGCAGCGGUGGAGCACUUACACGAGUCUGCGCUCCAGCUGCUUUCAGAGUUUAAAACGAAACUCCGUAUGGACCCGCUAAAUUUGGCAAUGAAAGGCAAUGAAGCUCAAUUGGAAAAAAAAAAUCGCAUAUGGUGCUGCUUUGAUCUCGAGCGGUUCAGCCUAGUGUGGUAAGCCUGAGAAAGACAACCUCUCCACAGCCUGACACAUGGAAGCUUCUGCUCUGAGGCCUGUUGAGCCUAAUUACUUGGAUAUGCAUGAGAUGCAGCCUGAUGCACCGAGCACCAGAGGGAGAGAGCAGGAUGAAGCUUUUGGGUGCGUGAAUGCAGCGUUUUCGUCUUCUCGAUGAUAUUUUCAAGAACUCCUCAUCCAAAUCAGCAGCUGUAACAUAAUAUAUCUGAUCUAAUAGCAAACUAAAGAUGUAAGUUAAGUCUGUUUCUGCAGCCAUCACACCUCAGUCACUUGGAUCUAGUAUCUUUUAAAGAUUAUCGUAAUAUGUCAGAAUAAUGCUUUUUAAAAUACCUGAUAUUUUUUCUUUCUCACUGCAGUGAAAACCAUCUGACCUCGUCUUCAUUGGUUGUUUGUUUUUUUCACAGGUACUCCAAAGGGGAGCUGGACAUUUCCUACAUCACAUCACGGAUCAUAGGUAAACAUAUCUGGCUGUGUGCAGCUGACUGCAGUUACAAAUGUGCAAAAGACAUGUUUGAAAAGUCACAUUUAAAGCCCCGGAAAACUUGUUUUUUUGAUUUCGAUUGAUCUGUAAUGAAUUACACGACUGAAUAAGCAGCAGUCAAAGUAUAAGACUCUAACAAAAGUGUUUAAGAGCACUUUUAUACCAGGACUGUUUGGUUCAUUCUAAAAGGACCAUGGUCCCCUUACUCCUUAAUUCCGGGCGGUAUGAACACGCAUGCGAGCCGUGGGCCAGAUCAGACAAAAGGACCAUGGUCCUCUUGAAAAUGCCGGACUCGGUCCCCUUCCAAACGAACGAUGGUGGGUGUGAACACAGCGCUGAUGCAGCCAAACUUUUUAUAUGUCAAUAUAAACCAAAAAGACAUUUACUCUGUAAUAAAGCCGGGAAAUUCUGCCCAGCUGGAGGUUGCGGCAGACGAAUAACAGCCGGUUAAAACACCGGACUGUCCGUAAAAAACUGGACAAAUCGCAGAGGGUUUGUGUUCUAAUACAAUAGUCGGGUGGUAAGUAUUAAAUACCUUUCUGUUCUUCUGUUCAACAAACACGCAUUAAUGCCCAGCGUCUCCUCGCACAACGUCUCCGCCACCUUUGGUAAAUUGCGUGAAGCAAGACACCUAUUGUUCUCUCUGGUUGGCUAUUCUGUGUGCGUUGUAGGACAGUGAAGAUUGUGCCCCAGAUGAGCAGGUGACAGACAGAUUUUCCCUCUUUUUUUUAACCAUUCGGUUCACUUAGCAAAAGUCCCAUGUGAACGCUACCGGACCAAAUGCAAAAUGCAAAAAUGCAAACAUUUGGUCCCUGAUCCGGAAUAAAGGUCCUUAAAACUCUAUAGUGCAGAUCAGGAAGCUGCAUUUUGAUGUAUCUGCACUGUGGAUGAUACUGUGAGUAUAUCUAUGUUCAAGGUUUGUACAAGCUCAUGCAGUUAAGUGGACACCAGCACUCGAGUCUUUCUUUGUUUCUGACUGCUUCACAUGUUCAUCUGUGUGGAGCAGCAGUUUGACCUUUAGAGAACAGAGUCAGCUAGACAUCUGUCUCCUCAGGGCUUCUUCUAUCCCAUAAUGCUUUGUGUGCAACCGCAGUUACCUACCGUCUGUUAUCCAAGUUUAAAUUCACAGGAAGAUUCAAAGUGAUGUAAACAUCCGUACCAAUCAGUGUGUGACUUCCUUUCACAGUGAUGACUUAUCCAGCAGAGUCUGUUCAGAUUGGGUACCAGAACCACGUGGAAGACAUCCGCUCCUUCCUCGACAGUCGCCAUGCCGACCACUACACUGUCUUCAACUUAUCACAGCGGAACUACCGUGGCGCCAAAUUUUCCAACAGGGUGAGUGUGAUGGUUUGUACAAAGUUGAAUGUGGUGCUGAAAUCACACAGCACCUCCGUCUUCCCUCAUUACGCCUCAGAGGAAGGAGUUUACCUCAGCAUUACCUCCGUGCUUCACAAACUGCAGAUGAGACGUAACAGGGGCGGAAAUAUCCUACCUUAAAAUGGCAGCAUGUAAGAGCCUACUGAUAUGAGGCUAUUUCUGGGGGUAUUCAUGUUGCAUUCUGGGAGUUUUGGAGCCCGUCAGAGUGACAAAAUCACAAAGAAAACUGUUUUGUGCAUUAAAGUUAAAAUGAUACGACUUCUUUUGUAUCCUAAAUUCAUCUUGUCAUUAAAGAUGUCGUAAAAAUAUAUCUGAUGUGUCGUUAUUCAUCUUCUCAAGUUAAGAAAACAUUCAAGCUCGUAUUGGUUCAGAUUUUUAGGAAGGCACAAGUGGGGUCUGUGUUGAAAAAAGUCUGCCACCCUCCGGCAGAAACAGCCGUGAAAUCUGAGGAGUUCCGCUGAAGAGUUAACACGGCCAAGAUGGCCCCCUGUCUGCUUGGGGAAGUUGCUGUAUCUCUAGCAGAUGACUCAUCAUGACAACGGAUGUGUUUUGUUGCUCUGCUGCUGCAGCACUGCUGUUUCUAACCUCAACCUCCCCUCUCCUUUCCCCUCCUGAUUUAUUUCCGUUUUUGAUUCCACUUUUUCUUCACCUUUCUUCUCCUCUCCUCUCCUGUGUCUCUCCGCUCUCUCCUUCCUUUGCCCUCUGCCUUCUCCCUUCUGUUUUCCCCCUCUGUCUCUGCCUUUUUCUUCACCCCCGUCCUUUUCUUAUUUCAUCUGCCAACUCUGUUCUAGGUGUCAGAGUGUAAUUGGCCCUCUCGCCAGGCUCCCAGCCUCCACAACUUGUUUGCUGUAUGUAAGAACAUGCACAACUGGCUCAAACAAAACCCAAAGAACGUGUGUGUCAUCACCUGUUCGGUAAGAACACACCCACAUAAAACACCUGCACCAAAUCCAUCACUAUCAUACCUUAACUUUGUCCAGAUAAUCCAGGUUUUGUGGAUUAAUGUACCACAAAAAGAAAACUUAGUUAGGCUGUUGUUUUUGUCCUGUAACCCACUUUCAACUUGAUGCUCUAAAUAUGCUGCCAGAGAGAAAACUGAAGCAGUCGGUCUCCUUGUGUUCUCCAUGCACUCGCAGUGAUUUGCAGGCUGCACAGUUUCUUGCCAACAUGUGUGAUGAAGCUUGGCUGUUGCACUUGAAAGUGCACGCACAGUUUGAAGAGUGAAAUCCUCAGAUUUGGUCUUUUUACACCAAAACUCAUGAGGGAUCGCAGCCUUAACGGUGAACUCUUUCCCCCUGUUUUCACGGUUGCCUAUGAAGCUGUGUUUGCUUUUAGAAGAAUAAAAACAUACCAGGUUUUUGACGAAGAAAACGGAAGAGACAUUUAGAAAAUUCUGUUCUUUUUUGUUGGUUUUAAAGCGUCAAAUUCAGUUAAAAUGUGGAUGUGAGUUCUGUUUUGGUCGGUUACUCAUGAAAUUUAAAACAUCUGUGUUUGCUUAAAGAAAUAACAAAGUGUAAGACGAGGAUGAAGAAGUCGUCCGAUUUUAAAGCGUGCAUUUAAUGCUUCCCGACAGAUAUAAGCUUGGAAACAUCAACAAAGUCUUCUCAGCAACCAGUCUCACUUUUAGAACAGAUCACUCACUAUGUUUUGCAAUACAACCACUACUUAAGUAUUGAGUGAAACCGGCCUUUCUGUCUGCUCUAAUUCAGCGACAGACUUACUGUACACGGGUAUGUAAGGGAGCAUGUUAUUGCCAAGUCUCAGUGGUUUGCCUGUGGUUUGGCAGAUUUCUGCGUCUUGUAUAACUUCCACCAAAAGACUCCUUUCUAAACACUGUUUUUUUUUUUCAUCUCCCUGAAACCUGAAAUGAACUCCGAGUCAAAUAAGUACCUGACUCCAUAAAAGUGUCACCAUAUUUAGGAUUGACCUAUUUAAAUUAGACAUCCUUCUGCUUUUUUGGUGCAGCUACAGAGCAGAUCUACAUAAAACAAAGUGGAUUUAAAAUGAUGGCAGCGAUGUUAUCGAGAUGUAGAUCGAAGCAGUUUAUCUGCGACCAAAAAGCCUAAAAGUGAAGUUUUGAAAUAUGAGAUUUGAAGGACUCUAAAUGGGUCGUGUUUUGGUGUUUCAGGAUGGCCGUGCUCCCUCGGGCGUGUUGGUUUGUGCCAUGUUCUGCUUCUGCCACCUCUUCAACAACCCGGUUCCUGCCAUGCAGCUGCUCAGCGCCAAGAGACCAGGGUCCGGACUCUGGCCGUCACACCGCAGGUUAGCAUCCCUGAACGUCUGUAGAUAUGCUUACCUGCUAAAACAAAGCUGAAUUUAAUCAUGAGCUAGAUGUUGAGAGGAUUUUUUGUGGUUUAGACCUUCAGAAACCUUGAUUUAUGAAGAUGUAAUGUUUCGAAGCUGAUGAAAUAAAAAUGUGUACAAGAUAACUUAAGCUCUGAAAAAAGUUAGAGCUCCUCCAAAGCUCCUCUGCAAGUCCUGUCAGAUCUUUCACUCACCCAUUCAGAAGGCUGAGCUGCUGGUAGAUUCUGUGAUGCAGUGUUAUAGCUGAAGUUUGGACUAUAGGUUGAAGUUACGUCAGAGCCGGAUGUUGCAGUCAACAGUCCUGUGUUUCCUCAGCUGUAGCGUUCAUUUAAGGCUGCAGAGCUGGCAGACGCUCAAAGAUGGACUUGUUUUUUAUUGCCCCGCCAACCAGCAGCUGAAGUACUUAUCAGUUCAUGCUUGAGAAAGAUCUCCCUCAUGAGUCAGAGUUUUAGUGCACGCUGAAAGAGAGUUUUAUGGGAAUGGCAGUGUAACAUCAUUCUGUUGAAAGCCAUUAAAUAAAUUUGCUUGCACUUACCUCAGUGUUUCACCUUCCAGUAACUUUUCUGAGCUUCUGUUUGUCGGCUCGGUGCCACAACGUUUGAAUGAUGAUUAAUACAAGCUGGGGGCUGCACAAGGGGGCUGUGUUCAGGGUGCCUUGAGGGGAAGGGGGAUGUAUUGUUUGCAGCAGGAGUUAAUAACUGUGACAGAACAAAUCAUGUAAAAUGAAAUGGCCGAUGACUACUGACUAAAAGUGCAUGUUAUUAAACAAACAAUGCCGGCUCAUUGAACUGCACCUUUUACGACAGACCACAUCACCUCCAGAAGAUGCAGAUUACUUAGAGCCAGCCCAAGGCAUGAGCGAACUAAGUCUCUGCUUAGGGCCCCGCGGCCUGUAGGGGGCCCCCAAGAGCAAUCCGAAAAAAAAAAAAAUCAUACUUUUCAUUUUUUGCAAGUAUGAGUGAUGCUUUCUGUAUAAUCAAACGGCCUAUGAUUCUUACUGCCGUCAUGUCAAAGCUCUGCUAUCGUUAUGUGCAUUACAUUUUGAGAUUAAAAUCCAUAUGUGGCACCCUGAACAUCAUUCAUCAGUCAUUCAUUGGUAUUGUUUGUAUGGUUGUAUUGGUAUUAUUUAUGUUAUUACCUAGGCCACCCCCUUAAAUGGAUAAAGACAUGUCAGAUGCAUUAAAUUUAUACUGUAGUAGGUGUGUGAAGGAUCAACAAUCAAUAUUAUUGGCGGAAAUAGAGGGCCCCAUAAUCUAAUUUUGUUUAGGGCCCCAUUGAGGCUUGGGCUGCCUCUGAGUUUACUGUGCUACCUAUGGUAAAGCAGAUGCAACUGACAUAUUAGCUGCGUUUACAUGGCCUCAAAUAAUCAGAAAAAAUGCCCAAUCGGAAUAAAAGUGCAUCAUGUAAACGUGUUGAUCAGAAGAUUCUGAUCCAAUUCAGCUCAGUCGGAAAGAAAUUGUAUUCCGAUCAAGAGGGGUUGUUUAGCCAGAUUGUUAUUCCAAAAUGCGUCCAUGUAAACACUUAUUCCGAUCGGGACUCUCUAACCUGACUCGAUCUUCACUCUUUAGCCUUUGGCUUAUUUAUUGAGGUCAGUACAGCAGGUUUCAUGAAUAACACUCUGGCAUAAAAACACAACCGCAGGUGCCCUAGCCUGCUCCUCCGGUAACCUAACAAGGCGUACAUACAGCGUAAUGAUGUCACAUCUGCACUCAUAAAGCAACCUUUGACAGAACAGUAAAAUAAGUGAGCAAGGGCGCCAUCUACUGACAACAUUUGUUGGUUUGUUGACAGCACAGUAAAUACAAAAUCCGACAACUCUGAGCAUGUCCAGAUGCUUCUAAUCUGAAUAAAACUUGGUGCAUGUAUACGCAUGUCAUGAUCGGAUUAUUUGAUUUUGCGCCCAUAUAAACAGAUUAUCCGAUCCCUCAAAUUUUUAAUCAGAUCAAGAAAUUUUGCACAUGUAAACGUGGCUAAGUAUAAGAACAAUGAUGCACAACUUCUGCUAUCUUACAGCUCCUUGCAGAAAAUAAUGAGUCCAAGGCAUCCUGCACAUCACAGAAACAAGCUCCUUUUAGCUCAAAAUGUUUACUUACUUAAUUAAAGUUUAAUGUAGCUUAGACUCAUGGCCCCCUCUGUCAAUUCAAUUUCAAUUCACAAAGCAAGUGAACAAAACAAAUACAAACAACAACAUUACAGAAUAAACACAAAAAUUAAGACAUUUGCUGUGCAGGAUAUCAGCAUUGUUCCUCAUACUGUGACAUGAUAUAACAGGUAACUUUAGGUAAAAUGACAGUGAUUAACGCUCUGGCUGUUUAUCACUGUCCUGUUUAUCCUCCCACGUUUUCAUCCUAAUUAUAGAUGAUCAUGAAAUGUACACCACUGACUUUACUUCACGUUGAAAUGAAAGCAGAAAUGGUCCUGAUAUCAGCGGUUAGCAUAAAGUAAAUGAUCAUAGUCACUCCUCGACUACAAACUGUUCAGGGCUUAAAGGUCAAGUGUCAUCACCGCUCGCAUCGCAGUGACUUCAUGAUGUAAAUUCAAAUGUCAUGUUUGUUCUAAUUGCAGUUUUUAUUCCUUAAAUAUUACAGACACAAAAUAACUGAGAAGAAAGGAGAGCUCAGACUUUCUUUUUCAUGUUCUGCUGCUGCUAACAAUGACUAAACAACAUCUUCCAUUUGGCUGGAACACAAAAAGAUUUCUGGGACAUCAAAAAAGGAUCAAGCUAAUUUGAUUGUCUUGUCUUCACGCAGGUACAUCGGCUAUGUAUGUAGCAUGGUAUCAGAGAAGCCCAGUCUACCCCACUCCAAGCCCCUGGUUAUCAAAGGCCUCACCAUAAGUCCGGUCCCAUGCUUCAACAAGCAGCGCAGCGGCUGUCGACCCUUCUGCGACGUCCUCAUCGGGGAGACAAAGAUCUUCACCACAGCACAGGAGUAUGAGAGGAUGAGGUAAGAGCUGCAGACUGACACACGUGGCAGCAGACUGGACAUGUGAGGUUAUACACGAGCAUAUUUAAGUGAUGAAGCUUUGAAGACAAAAAUAAGAGAAUAUUUUGUCUUCUUUCUGUUCUUUUCACUUUUGAUUUCUUCAUUUAUUCUGUCUUCCAUCAUUUUUUUGGACAGGGAGCACAGAGUCCAAGAGGGUAAGGUAGUUUUCCAUCUGGGCGUGAGUGUUCAAGGAGAUGUCGUUGUUUCAGUCUACCACAUGAGGUCGACCAUUGGGGGACGUCUGCAGGCCAAGGUAAAAAAACAUUCGCAGUAGCUUACAAAGUCUGAGAAAAUACUGGCUUAGCUUUAAUAUCUAUACUUUCUAGGGAUGUCCCAAUACAAUUUUUUUUUUACCUCCAAUACGAUACCGAUAUUGUAUCCUUCAAUAUCGGCCGACACCGAUAUUGUUCCAAUACUAGCACAAACUUGUGCAUGACAAGUUUUCGCUCAGCUGCAACGUCUUUUUCAGACUUAUAUGUAAAAUACUGUCACAGGGCCGACAUCACUCCUACUCCUUGGUACUUUGUUAGUACUUCAGUACACACUGUUGUUGUGAUCACAUGGGCUCUGCAUGCUGGAUCCAGGCGCUGCUAUAUAUAGAGGUGCCAGAGUGGAGUCUGGAAUGGACUGCCUGUAUCAUGGUGCUGAUAUCGGAGAUUUUAGAUACAGGCCGAUAUAAUCCGAUAUUCUAUUUUUUGCUGAUAUCGGACCAAUAUCCACUAUCAGUAUUGUAUCGGGACACUUCUAAUAUUUCCAUGCUAUUUAACAGUUAAUACUAUUGUUAAUACUACUCUGUCUUUUCAUACAAUUUUUGUCCUGUAAGCAGGAGGGUCAAAGAUCUAGUUUCACUGUCAGAGAGAAAUAGUGCUUUAGUGCUACUCAUCCUUUUCCAAUGUUUGAACACUUGUUGAUGAAAAUUUGGACUUGCGCUACUUCAUUGCAUUCUGAUGUUCUUCUGUUAUCAGGUGUCCAACACCCAGAUCUUCCAGAUCCAGUUCCACACUGGCUUCAUUGCUCCUGGUACCACCAUGCUCAAGUUUAACAAGUAAGCACAUUUAUUCAUUUUAACUGUUUGCAGAAUUCAAACCCAGCUAAAUCCAGCAUUUUAUGUAGUAACUGGUCUCUCCUGCCUUUCUCCCUCCAGACCAGAACUUGAUGCGUGUGACUCUCCAGAGAAGUAUCCCCAGCUUUUCCAUGUGAUAUUUGACAUUGAGGUGGAGGGGACAGACAAACAGAAAGACCUGACCCCGCCGUGGGAGCAGUUCCCCUGUAAAGACCUCAGCCCUAAUGUGCUCUUCUCCUGCCACCAGGAGCAUCAGGACGCUCUGGCUAUUGCUGGUACACACUGGGGAUAAAUACACACCCCCUCUGUCAUAUAGACUGUGAAUAUUGUGUGUCACACUUGAGAGGGGAAGCUCUGUGUUUUAGCGUCUGUUUUCAGUGGCGCUUUUCUACCGGUGUGUUCUCUCCAUGGCUUUGAAAACUGGUUUUCUAAAGAGUGAAACAACAGCACUCGCACAUUUAUAUUCAGUGACAGAAUCCCUUGAGACAUACAAGCGGUGUCAGUGCCUCAUAGGAGCUGUCGCCUUUGUCCUUGAAAGGUAACCAUUAAAUGUUUCUGAAUUGACAUGUCAGGGACAAGUUUACCACCUACACUGUGAGCUGUUUAACCAAAAAAAUCAACAGAAAAGCUCUGGGUAUCAAGUUUUAGCUCAUAAUCUCAAUGAGGAAAUGAGACUAACUUAAAGGGAUAUUUGCAUGUAACAUUAAUUUAGGGUCAAAUACACCAAGUUAGACACCUUCUCGAGAGAUGAAUGUUGCAGACCGCUUGCCUCUCUAGUUAUACCAACUUUAGUAACGACCGCAUGAUAGCAAUACACAGUGGUCUAAGGAGCUGUAAACAAACCUCAACCAAAACGCCACUCUAUAGCCACAAGUAAUGUUUAGAACAGCACCUAACUUCAUCAACUUCAUCAUAUAGGGUCGUAGCCACAGCACUAGCCACCAAACAUCUUUUUAACUUUGCCUGAUUUCUUUAGCAAAGAGACUAAACACAACUCACCCACCCUCUUCCAGCAGCCGUGUGUUUGUUGCGAGACCUCGGGCCAGUCCAUUACAGACUUCAGCGGGGUGAAGCAGCUAAAGAAGAACAUUAUGACCAUUACUUUACCAUUUCCCUGAAGUAAUAAUCACCAUAUUAAUCAUUUUGAACCGCAGAUGCGGUCGUUCUUCUGCCUUAGCGUCUCAGUCUGAUUGCAAUUCCAUGAAGAAAUGAUCAUAAAUUUAUCAACAUUCAUCUCUCCUCUCGAGGUGGUGUCUAACUCAGUGUUACUGUGUGUUUGACCUUAAAUUAAUUUGAUGCCAGAAUAUCCCUUAAAGCUGAGUGUUACAAGACAAAUACCGAUCAAAAUGUUAAAUGAUAGAGAAAAAUCUACUUUCAAAUUUUGAUCACUGUAAAUUGUACCAAAAAUAAACUUAUAACCUUGAUGAGAAAAUGAGACAAAAACUUUAAGUCAAUUGCUUUUUAGCUAGUGAUGAUGCUUGGAAACAGUUUGUCUAUAUAUAAAUAUAUAAAUAUACAAACAUAUUAACAGUAUAUAGAUGACUCAAAAUCCAAAGUAAGUUGAAAAGAAAAUGUCCACAGCUGGUUUACCAUGACCUAAAACUUACUUAAAGCCUCUAACUUUAAUGAGCCUUAUACAUAUUUAAUCUCACAAUAGCUUGCUAAAGAUAAUCGGGAAAACAGUUAUUCAGAAGUUUGACUAACAACAUGAGGCAAAGAAAAGCAAAAUGUUUGUAUCAGAAUAAAAGCACAUGCAAUAAGAAAUGGCUCUUAUUGAUGAAUUGACAUGUUAGCAGUACUUUACUGUAAUAAACUGGAUGAAGCAGAAUUUUAAAAUUAGAGAAGUGAGUGGCAUAAAAGGAAGCUCCUGAGGAGGUAUGGUGAUGCAGCACUAAAGCAGAGCAGAUCUGUAGUUUGAUAGAGAACAAAGUGUUUCUGUAAAAACAUGUUCACAGGCUAACGAACACGCUCUGGUUUCUGCCUCUUCAAGAUGAGAUGGAGGGAUUGGACCUGGAGGGUAAGACAGUAAAAGACGUCCACAGACCUGUCAGAGAGAUAUGGUGACAUUAGUUAAUGAAGGUUCAGUUCAAUUCAAUCACUUUCAUUGACCUUAUUGACAAACACAUCUGCAGUUAUUGGAAAUCACUCAGCUGUUUUCAGGUGGUAUUGAUUGAAUUGAAAAGAACCUUAUCCUUGUGAAUUAGUGAUAAAUCAUUUUGGUUGAACAUUUUUCAUAUAAAGUCAUAUUAAGACCUUGAAACUCAGGUUAAUGUUGUUGUCUUUGUGUGUGUGUAUUUUGAUAUGAUAAAUAUGUCCAUGAUACAGAACUGGGAAAGAAAAUCUGAAUUUGAAAUGGAAAACAGAGAUCCCAGUGAUAUCAACUAAAGUAAACAAAGAGUAGCUUUAAGUGCUACAGUUUCAAAAUGUUCCACCAAAGUGAAAUAGUGCUCACCAAACAGAGUUUAUAGCUUUAGUGUAAAUCUUAUUGCUUGGGUAAAAGCAUCCUGAUGUUUUAUUUUGGAUAAGAUUUAUGUUUCCGGAACGAUCUCCUCCAUUUAGUUAAAAGCAGCAAAGUGUGCAGCCAAGAGUUUUAUUUAGAAAGGCGGAUCUUUUUAGUCGUCGUUAUUUCCCGUGCUUUACUCCUGUCCUUGACCCGCUCUGUGUGGCUCCGUCUCGUUGACUUAUUUGUAAACUGUUUCCUCUUCUUCUUCUUCUUUCCUUCCUCAUCCUCCUACAGAGCCGAGCCGGCCCCACGGUGGUCCGGAAGGUCGGGGCCAUGGUGAGGAGAGCGAGCCCUCGGAUGACGAGAUGCUCUCUCUCUCCAGCCAGCGAAGCAGCACCAGCACGGCCCCCCAUAAACCCGACCCCCCUGCCCGUGCUGCCCCUCCCACGGCUGAGGAGGUGGAUCUUCUCGGUUUGGAUGGAGUCAACAUCAGCCAACCGUGUCCCUCAUCUCAGCCCGCUCCUGCUGCAGCUGCAGCCACUGACCUUCUAGGGGACUUGUUCGGGGCCCCGCCACAGCCAACCAGUGUGCCGUCCUCCGCUCAGUCCACCCCACAUAAAGUAGCCCCUAACACCGCCUCGCCGUCUCCUUCCCCGGCACCGCCAGGUGAGAUUUCAACUGAUUUUACAGAGAACCUGAUGAAACAUUUGCUUUUAGUGGAUCUCUAAAUGUUUUUUCAUUAAAUGAUAAUCAAGCGAGUGUCAAAAAAAUCCCCAUAUUCCUGUUUGACAAAAUUGUAGGGAUGGGCAAUAUGGCCUCUAAUCAAUAUCCCAAUAUAGUGAGCAGUUCUUCGAUAACAAUAAAUAGACGAUAACUACUCCACAAGCUGCUCACCCCCUCCCACGUUAACUUUGUCUACUUCAGCUGCUACAACUUUUGAACCGUCCUCCAUCUCCUCACCUGUCUUUCCCUCUUUGUUACUGACUGGAUGGGCUGGAGUCACGUCUCUGAUGUAGGACAUCUUCUUAAAAGGACAUGAGACCAUAGCCUACCUACACACAUUUAAAAUUAACUUUUUAUUUCUUUAUUUAUUUUGACACAGAUUAUAUUGACAUGGGCAAAAUGCCAUCGGUUAUUGUUGUAAAUUCUGGUAUUGGUAACAUUUUCGGUUUAUCGCCCAGCCCUACAAAAUACUGCAACCUCAAGGCUCACUUACUCAUACCUUCUGGUGCUUUCAGGUGCACAUAUGAACAUUUAAAAAACAUUAAAUCUCGGUGAAGUUAUUCUGUUAAAUGGACUGAUGAUAAGGAGUCAAAUCAGAGGAAAAUAAGAUAUGUUACAGCCUGGUUCAUCCGUUGUCAGCUAGUUCAUCUUUUCUGGUCGACAUUUGUUCAGUUUUCCAGCUUAAAACAGAAGAAGUUUUUGACGUAAAAACCAUAUUAAUUCAGACAAUUCACAGUCCUUAAAAAAAUAGUGGAAUAAAUGAGAGGGGUCUGGCUGCAGACCUCCACUGUCAGGACCCACCUCCACUGAGAGGACCCAGGGUGAGGUUUGGGCAUCCUGUUUUGUAUUUUGUCUUUGUUGAACACAUGAAUGCACAAAAAAAUCAUAUUAACAUUAUAUACAUAAAAUAAAGCCCCAAGAAAUAAAAUAUAUUCACACAAAACAAAAAAUACGUACUUCCUGGUCUUAUCGCUUUUAAUUUGAAAGGCUUCGAAUCAACUUCAAACAUGAAAAAAAACAUACUCCUGGUAUAUUUGCUUUUAUUUUGAAAGGUUCCGGUCUGCUCAGUGGAGGUGGGUCCUUACAGUGGAGGUCUGCAGCCAGACUGUCUUGGAACAAACACAGUCUGUUGAAAAACAACACAGUUAUACGAUGACAUGUUAAACCAUAAACACUGUCUGUGUGCAUCCCUCAGUGUUCGAUCCCUUCGGGGCGGGUCCCAUGCCCAAGCCUCAGGACAUGAUGGGGUCAUUCCUCGGACCAGGUAACGCGGGGCAGCCAGACCCCUUCCUGCAUGCUGCUCGCUCUCCAUCACCCACCCUCCAGCCUACAAGCUUUGGUAAGGCAUGCUCCUCUGCUCCUGCUGCUGCUCUGCUGCUGCUCUUCGAUUCUAUAAACCCUUUCUAAGAACCCUGUCAGGGUAAGGCCCGUUAAACACUACCUGUGAUUCUGCUGCCGUGUCCUGACACAUAAACGCGCACUGACUGCAUUGUGUUUUUAAUAUGUCAUCCUUUUUCUAAGCUAUGCUCUAUUUCCCGCUCACUGACUUUGCAAGAGAGGGCCUUUUGUGCUGCUGCUGUGUGUGUGAAUACGUUUGCAUAUGUAUGCUGUGUCUCAGCUGUCAGUCUGACUCAGAUUUUACACAAGCUUGAUGUAAGGCCUCCAGCAUGAAUCCUUCCCAUCAACCAGCAACAUUUUCAGCCUGAAAUAUUCCAGCUUUUUUAAGGUUGUACAUUUUGACAGAGCACAUUCAAACUGUGAAGUCAGGUGAAACAUUUAUCAUAUUUAUUCCAGACUGAUUUAUAGAACAGGUUGCAGAUCUCAGUUUCAGCUCAUUUAUAUAGAUUGCACGUUCUCUUUAUGGUAAAUUGUAAAGCAAGGUAAUAUUUGCAGACAUCAGCCAGCUGUCUUAGGCUCAAAUCUGCUCUCUCUCUCUAGCCGUGUGGGUUAAUAUUGUUAAGUUUCCGCUCGUUAUGUGCUCAGUCUGUCUCAAACUUUCUCUGCUCCUGUAGGCCGGAGUUCCCCUGUCCCACCCACGACCCCAACUGUCAACAUUCAGCAACAAAACGCCAUGGGAGGAUGGGACUGGAACAGACCUGCGACUACAAGCACAGGUGAGAGUUAGAAAAGCACAGAAAGGAUGAACACCUCCACAGAAGCUGAUAUUCUCUGUCCUGGUAUUAGCAAUAACUGUCUCUUAGGAACAAUCAAAUAUUGGUAUGCUGGUUGUUGCACAUUGUGGAACUGGAGGUAGACGGAGAAGAAGACGCAGGUGCUGCAAGCGAGCUAGCUUCAAACAGCUCUCUGAGAUGAUGUGCAAGUUAAUUAUGUUUAUUUUGAAGGUUUAUGAAAUUGUGUGUUGCUCUGUCCUUGUCUGGCUUUCCCUUGAUUUGACCUAUUGUGCUGUUAGGCGUCAUAAUCUUAGCUGUACAUUUGUUAUGUAUGUCUGAAUUGAUCAAAAAGAUGAAAAAUAGGGGCACCGUCCCCACUGCGGUCGCGGGUUCGAGUCCGGCCCCAACCAUGCGCUGCAUGUCCUCCCCUCUCUCUCUCUAUGUCUCCAUACUUCCAACCUGUCCCAUCAAUAAAGGCAAAAAUUUGCCAAAAAAUACUUCAAAAAUUCACAUAAUUUUGUGGCUCUUUUUACUAAAAGAAUAAAAAAAGUUAAAAAAAAAGUUAAAAUUAGGUCAGUGAUUCUGCUCUGUCACACAGCUGGUCUUGAGACCACAUUUACAUCCUUCUCCACAGUUUUUCAGUAAAAUGUUGCCAUUAUGACUUACAGUUUUUGAAGACUAACAGAAACUCUGACAAGCAAAAAAGCUCUGAAAACUUUACAUCCUUUGCAAAGAGAGACAGUCAACCAGCUACAAAUAAAUUUCCAUCAGAGAGGAGGUCACAAAAUGUUGAUUAAACCUUUAAAUGAGGGGAAAUUUACUCUCAUCAGAAGAGUUUCCCACAGAUCAGAUGUAAUAUGUUGUGAAAACCUGCGUUCUGACUCAGGUUUUGUUUCUCUCUGUUUGUUCAGGCGGAGGUUUUGGGAUGGGCAGUCGGUCAGCAACUACAAGUCCCACAAGCUCCGUCCACAGCACACCCACCCACCAAACAAAGCCGAACACUUUGGACCCAUUUGCUGACAUUGGCAACCUCGGAGGUGAGUAACUGAAGAUCAUCUGAACCCAAACCUGGACCAAAUCUUUCUUCUUAGUUUGUUAAGUCACACUCUAUCUUGUCUUUUACAGGUUCUGGCUUCUCCAGUAAACCCACCACCCCAACUGGGACUACACCAUCCUUCCCUCCAAUGGGCUCCCCAUCACGGCCUCCUCCUUCUCCCCAGCACGCCCACACAGGCGCUGGCUUCCCUUCGUGGCAGCCGGGUGCUGCAGGUGGUGGAGGAUGGCAGCCCCAAGGACAGGGUCCUACCCCUCAGCCAAAGCCCAGCCCGAGUCACACCGCCAUGCCGCACACAUCACCCCAGAACAGACCCAACUACAACGUCAGCUUCUCUCCGAUGGGAGGAGGGGGCUCGCCCAGCGCAGCGGGCAAAGCACAGGCUAACAUGGGUGAGCAGGAGCACAAAGUCUGUCUUAUUCUGAAUCAAUGAUGUGUAUCGAUUAUCCUAGCUGUCAAUAAUCAAACCCAAAGAAAAUGGAAAUACAGGUUUUAAAAAUGUGCAAAUUUCCAUGACUUUCAAUGAUUUUUUCCAUGCUUUCAAGGCAAAUUUUUAUGACUUCACAUCCUCUAAGUGUCUGUCUGCAUGAAAAUAUGAAUAAAACUCCUGACAAAAUUCUCCUCACUGUAUCUUUACUAAAAUAUGAUCUGAGGUUUUUGGUUUGACACUCAGAAAAUUUUAUCUAGAUUUUAUUUUGGUAUCUACAGAAUGAUAUGAAUUUGUGAACAGAGUUUCAAGGACUUUUCCAAAACUUUUUGCUGUCUUUGAUUUCUCAAAAUUAUACCGGGUCUGUAUAUUUCUUUUUCAAAUUAUCUUGGCCUUUUCAGGUUUUUCAUGACUGUAGAAACUCUGGAUGGAUGAUGCAGAGGAGUAGAUGUUGACCUGAAGACUCUAAUUUAACAAUCUAACAUUUUGAUCUGACAUGAUGAAUCCAGUCAGUCAUUAUGUCUAAUACUGAACAUGAUUUCAAACUCCUGAAUCACCUUUAAACAUGUUUGUUUUCUCUCUUUGUCUCUGUUUCUCUCUCUUAAGGCACUAAACCCAAAGCCUCAGAUGCCAACUUUGACGACCUGCUGUCUGGUCAGGGCUUCGCAGGGACCAAAGAGAAGAAAGGGCCCAGGACCAUAGCAGAGAUGAGGAAGGAGGAGAUGGCCAAAGAGAUGGACCCUGAGAAAAUAAAGGCACUUUAUUAUUUAUCUAAAACACGUCCCAAAGGUUGAGAAUAAGGAGCAGAAGGUUGUCCUUGUUUCAUUUCUGAGAAAUUCCAUGACUCCUGCUUCACUACCUCUGAGUAGAACAACUGUUUUAAAUCAGUUCACUGCGUUUUCGUCUGUUUAUCCAGUGAAGCACAAUAGGAGCAAUUCAGGGAUUCCCAAAAGUAGGAUAGUGUACUCCAAAACGGUCCCAGCCUCUGUUUAUUCCAGGAUUAAUGAAGCGACUAAUGUAGGUCUCCCAUGACUAAACUUUGGUUCCUCUAAUUACUCUUUAAAAACUUUUCACUGUCGCCAAAAUCACUGAAUGUUGCUAAUUAUUGCUCUGAAUCUGGUUGUCGCUGGUUAACUGCUCCUGUCCCCCCUCUCCUGUUUGUGACCCAGAUUCUGGACUGGAUCGAGGGGAAGGAGCGUAACAUCAGAGCUCUGCUGUCCACCAUGCAUACUGUGCUGUGGGAGGGGGAGACGCGCUGGAAGCCCGUGGGCAUGGCUGACCUGGUUACUCCAGAACAGGUCAAGAAGGUCUACCGCAAAGCAGUCCUGGUCGUCCACCCCGAUAAGGUGAGACGGAUGACGGCUGAAGGAUUUGUUUAUAUUUGUGGGCAGUCGGGACAGAGAGGAGACAAGACUUGAACUUUAUCUCUUUAUCAGACGAGUCUUCUUUUGAUUAACUCUCCUGUUUUAAACUCAUCGGCUUAGUUUCCUUCUUGUCUAGAGUAAAAAAAAAACCCUUGAGGUUAUUUAUUGUACAGGCGCCACCCUGACAACGACCCCAAAAAAGCAACAACCCACCCCUUGUACACGUGUGAGCGAUGGAAACAGUGAGGUCAGCUGAAACUGGACAAUCCCUCAUGUCUGGGGGUUUCCUAACACUCAUCAUUAGUUGAGCCCUCUAUUACUCCUACUCUGUGAUCAUACAUGAGCAAACAUUAGUCACACAAACCUGAACGUUACUGUUGAGUUCGACAGACGGAGACAAACAUCCACUGUGAGAAACUGACCUCAAGGACAAAAGUAGAAGCGCCAUCUAGUGGCGGUGCUCUGCAUGUCUUAGAGUAUGUCUUUAAAGGUAGAGAAGAAGAGCCUGAGCUUGAAUUACAUAGGUGAGCCGAACAGCUUCACUCUGAAGUGUCGGAGCUUGUGUCGAAGGUGAAAAUAUCACAUGACCAAUGACGUACGAAGCUUCAAACAUCACCAGCGCUUUGGAAACUCUUCAGUCAGCCUGACCGUGUAGAAAGUCUCAUAUUUAAACUUGUUAUAAGACAGAAAGUAGGCUGAUCGCUCAACAACAAAACUGUUUAACUCAUGUUUUAUAUGUGCAAGUGUAAGAAUUAAUAAUAGAGGUUUGACACUUAAGUUAUACUUUAUUUGCACCUAACUUCCACCACAGUACAUCUCAGUAUGAAUAGGCCUGUAUAAUGAUAAUAGAUUUGAUCAAGAAAUGGAUGUACAUAAACGGAUAAACAGAGUUUUAAUAAAUGACACAGACUGGCGUUUUUUCCAACAGACUCAAACUGUGAAUAGAGGUGCACUCGUGCCUCAGACCAUCAUUCAGAGGCUGUCAUUAGUUUCACAAACCACCAGAUGUCUCUGUCUUUGCUCAGCUCUGAAUCUUUUUUAGCACAGUGCUUGGUCUUUUUAUUUUAUUUACUGAAUCUCAAACUUCUGCUGCUACAAAGUAAACUUUGAGAGAAAAGGUGAACUUUUUUUGUGCUUCUGGGUUAACUUGGAUUGGUCCAUAUCCCCAACACUCAUCAAAAACACAUCACCAUGCCAAUUACUUACAGAUGAAGUUAACUAUAAGGUUGUGAACAAUCAGCAUCAAAUUAGCACCAGUAAAUGUAACUAUUAAUCAACCAUACAGACAAAUACUGAAGUGGUAACUGUUCUCUGUUGUACCGACUUAACCUCUACACAAAAUAAAUGCACCAAAAUGUGAUAUUUGAAGUUUUAUAUUUGGUCUAGGCUAUUUCUAAGCCAGAGAGCUAUUCAGAGAGAGGAGUAAAAACUGACAAAUGCUGUAAAACCUAAAAAUUAGAGGGGAAAUCUAGUAAAAGACAUCUAUAUUUAUAUAUUUAUUUGGAUCCCCUAAGUAGCAACUACUCUUCCUAAACAUUCAUAUAGAUUACAAUGAUAGAAGAAGAUUAUGCAAGAUGUUAAUAUCAUAAUUAAAACAGGAAUAAUGAUCACUAUAUAUUUGCAAAUAUAAUAGACACCAAUAAGACCAAGAUAAAUCUACUUGAAUGAAAAAGCUAAUCUCAUCUGUAGUGCACAAGAAGAAAUAAUCUCUGGUUUUAUAGAUAUUUGUGUAAUGGUCUAAAUAUAAUAUCAAAGACGGACUAGUGCUGGGGUUGAGAGUUGUUUUUAAUUCAUAUUGAACACAAACUUUUUCACACAUGAUGUAAACAAAGACAGAAAAACAACAAAAACAAUAAAAAAGAUAAUCAUCUCGAUAAUGUGGUAAAUAUUUGAUCCAAAUGUAGAGCUCAGCAGGUCCAGCAAAGAGCUUUUAUCCUGGUGAAUAGAGUUAGCGGUACCCUGGAGGUGAUUAAUUAUAUCAACUACAGUGGCGUUAUAAUCAGGGACAAAGGUGCAACACUCUGAGCCGAUGAUCGCGCACGUUCCUCCUCUGGCUGCUAACAGGAAGUCCAAAGCUGCUCUGUUCUGCAGCGCUAACAGUCUUACCGAGGCGAGUUCACUGGAUAUCAACAUGAGAGCCUUACCGGUUUCAUUGGCUAUGACUUCUAUAGCAUGAGACAGAUCUGCGAUUUGAUCCAGCGUAGACAUAACUCCAUAUAUGGGGAGAAGCGCGCCGAGAACAUUCUUGAAGGGGGAUUGGUGAUGAGUCCCGAAGAUGUCAGAAACUCCACGUCUGGAUCGUUUGUGAAGAGGUUUCUGUGGCAGGGAGUGAGCCACCCUCAUAGCCGGGACGACGUACGCCAAGCCGCAGCGUCCUCUGUAGUCCACGGGGAGAUAAGGGUACGCCAGGUUUCCACACACCCAGUACAUCCCUGCAGGAGAGGAGAUGGAGCAGGCAGCGGUGCGGCGAGCCAAAGCGCGAAGCCGAGCCAGUCCUGCUGCUUUCAAACAGCCCUGAAGUCCAGAUUCAAGAGACUUAACAGCUGUAUCUCUCUGUUUCGAGUCCCAUUUGAAGGUCUGCAGGCAGUUUGAUCGUCCCACAGGUGUCCCUCCGUCGUUCUCAAGACACCAAGGCAACGGCUGAGGGAUGAGCUGGACGGGGACAGGUUUUGGGACUCUGAGACACUUUUGGCAGUUGGCGUGUCCUCCAGAGCAGUUAAGUGGUCUCAUUUUGGAGACGCUGCCGCAGUCAGGAUGAGGCUGAGAGAAAGGGAUGUGCAUGAGGCGGCAGGUGUCACAGUCAGAGGCAGGUAAGGCCAUGAGGGGUAAACCCUCCCUGGCUGUGAAGGGCAUCAGACCGCAGACGUAGCAGCUGGAGUUAGGGCGGAUGCUCUGGGCUACCUGCCACGCCAUGGUCAGGAAAAUGUUGAAGUUAUCGAGGAUGACGUCUGGUGCUUUCACGGCCUGUGGAGCGCCCAUGGUGGACUCGAAUAAGAUCAGUGUAAAAAGAUGUAUGAUCAGGGGCAUCCUGACUCUGGAGCAGAUUUCUUGAUCUGUGGAGGAAGAUUUUAGGAUGUGGAUAAACAUCAGGAGUCUUGUACGUAGGAAGUGAACACAGAAUGAGUUUAAUUUGUGAAGAAAACCUGAAUUCUUCCUGUUAUUACAAUAAUAGUAUCAAAAAUGAUCACCAAACUACCCACAAAGAGCUGCUCUGUAUUUCUUUUUUAUUUAAAAUUUCCAGGAUCAUGCAAACACAGACAUCAAGCCAACAAAACACAAACCAAGUUACACUAUUUGGUUAAAACAUAAUUUUUAUACUACAAAAACGUGUAUUUAAUGCUACUUACUGCUCACUUCUCUGCUGUGUUCUGUCGUCAAAGCGUCCAAAUCACAGCUGCAGCUGACCUCACCUGGUUUAAGUCCUCAUGUAGACACCAACAGCAUUCAUAUAAAGACAAAAAUCAGCUUCUCAGCCCUCUAGUCAUCCUCUCUUAUCAGAACGAGAUCAGACACAACCCAAAAUGUACACAGUCACAGGAGCCAUGUGAGACAAUCACAAAAUCAGUAUCAGCUAAUCAAUCACUCUCUAAACACGACAGGUCUUCAUUCAUCAAAGCAGGGCAGACUUGUAGGCAGCAUUAUGUCAGAUAUGAUCUCUAACUGCAUGAUCCCACAAUACGGGAAUCCGUUUAUUCAGGACUGUAAAAGUGGAAUUAUGAAGGACACAAACAUUCAGCAUACUGCAUGGAAAGUAAAGUAAGACACUCCAGGCGAGUGGCGCCAUUUUUGACCGCUUUUCUCUCUCGUUACAUUAUACCAAUACACUCGAAGAAAACAGAGAUGCUGAUUGGACUGAAAAGAUUUCUAAAUUAAGGAAAUAAAGUGACCAUCAGAGGGGAACAACACAAGUCUCUGUAAACUGGUCAUGUGCAGUGGAUCUUAGAGCCAUCAGGGGAACCUUAGCCUGAGCUCCACUACUGUGCUGGUAGCUAGCAGAAUGGUGAAAACAGAAGGUUUUACAGGGAGCUUCACAUCUGCAUGGAAGCUGCACAUUGCUUAAAGAGACACAGUAAAACCUGUUUAUCCCCAGAGAUGCAUGUCUUAUAUUGGUCUGUAUUUUAGAGUAAAUAAGGAAGUUGAUGUCACAACUUUGACCUCGCCCAUUAGUUGUGAGCGUCUGGUUUUUGAAGCAUCAAGUCUGUAUGAAAGAGGAUUAGGGCCACAAGAAGAAAAAAAAAUAAUUACAGGGAGAGGAUUUUUUUAAUAUAAUUUCGAGAUUUAAGUCAAAAUUUCUGGAUAAACGUCAAAAAUUUUAAAAAGUCAAAAUUUCGAUUUAAGUCAUGUCGACCUUAAUCUCAAAAUAUCGACCUUAAUCCAAAUUUUUUUUUAAUAUCAAAAUUUUGACAUUAUUCAAGACAUUUUGUAAUCUCAAAAUUUUGACUUUAAUCUCAAAAUUUUAAAUUUAAAUCUUUGACCUGCUGGCUUCCAUGUCUUCAGCAACAAAAUUUGACAUUUCAACAGUUUCAUCUUAACAGGGGAGUCUAAAAAAGAGCUACUUGAACUCAAAAAUACCCCAAAUCCUUCUCUGUUUAUUUCUUACUGGAGUAAAAAGGAGCGUAAUGAAGAAGACUUAAACUACUGAUUCAAACAUAAACUCCUUUAGAAAAUGUUAACAGAGGGAACAAUUUCACUUAUUACCGGGUUUCUUAGCAAUUUUUAUCAGCCUGUUCACUCAUGAUCUGGUGGCCAGGAGAGAGGAUGAAAGUCUGAGCUGCUUCUUACUCUUAUAACUCCUCUUUUAAAAACCUUUGUCCACUUGUUUGUCGAGUUUAUGGGCAAAACACCUCAUGAGUUUUUAUAUAAUUUCAAGAGUGAUGUGUUUUGAUGUGUGGGUUUAAACUCCUUUUGUGUUUCCUUCUCUCCUCUCAGGCGACAGGACAGCCCUAUGAACAAUAUGCCAAGAUGAUUUUCAUGGAACUAAAUGACGCCUGGUCAGAAUUUGACAGCCAAGGACAGAAAGCGCUCUACUAAAAAAACUACUAAGAGGACGCCCCCUGCUGAUUCUGUCAUCUUGGCCUAAAAAAGUGUCACCGCCUCUGGUCAACAUACUCCAGCCGCACCCUUCAACAUCUGCCUUUAUACCUGUGCUUCAACCCAUACGUCUCUUGUUACCGCACAAACACGACUCCUGCCACCAGGCUAGCAAACAACCCCCCUGUAGCUCAAAUUUACUUCCCUUCAAUGAUGUGAGUGGUUCAACAUCGUCUUCCCCUCCUUGUUGAGUGUCUUUAGUCCAGGACCAACCCACCAAUCAAAGCAGAGUCACCGGGAUGUCUGGGAAUAUAGGAAAACUCUUGAUUCAGAGGCAGAUGAAAGAAAAAACAACAAAGACGGACGGCUGGAGAUAAGAAAAACACACAUCAGGGAGUGAAGUGAAGAAGCAUUUCACAAUCUGCUCCAAAUGAAAGUAGUUCAGGGUCGCAGAUAAAGGCACAAGAAAGCAUUUACAAGCAAUUAAGCCAUUUACCCAUAAGGCAUCCUGUUGGAGAAGAUUUUGCUUUAACAUUUGUGUGAGAAACGGUUGAAAUCGCUCCAAGCAGAUGCAGAGAUUCCCCUUCUACCAAAUGUUUCAAACCUGUGCUCAGUCAGCACCAGGAGCUGUUGGAGGUUCAAGUUUACAUACGUGCGUCAUGUUUGAGUGUGUUUGAAAGGGAAAGAAGUCACACUGCUAUCACUGCGCUUAGCUCUAACUCCGAUUUAAGAGUUCGCUUCCACUUCCAUGAGCCUUGAAAGCGAGGAAUAAUUCAAAACAACAACGUAAAACUGAAAAAAAACAAGAAAAAAGUGAGAAAGCAGGACAGUAAUUGAUGCCAAUGUUAAAAUAUAAUAAUAUCAGUAUGAAAGAUGAACAAGCAGGUGCAGAAAAGUGAUACUACUGAUGAUUUUACGCUGUAUUUAAGACUAGCACAUGUAGACUUCCACACAUGCAUACUCUCUCACUCAUACAUGUGUGUAUUAACAUGUAUGUUUUUUUUAUUUGUAAGGAAGCUCGGCGAAAGCACAAAUCUUCUCUUGGUGCAGCUUUUAAAGGAAACCUCUGCUAUUUAUUUAUUAACUGACCUCACCGUGUCGUCGUCGUCAUCGUGUGUCUCGGACCUGCUGCAUUAUGGUUUUAAUGAAAGCUACUGUACGCCUGUAAAACACUGGAAUAAUUAAUAAUCAUGGCUAAUAACUCUGAUUAUGACUUUUGUUGGAGAAUGCAAUAACUCCCUCCAAACACAAACACGCUCUGACAUUUCUACUGGUCGCAGAAACUCGCUGAAAGAGUUGUUGGUUGAUCCUGUGGAGAUAAAUCAUGUAUUUACAAGAGAAUAGUGUCUUCUCUGAUUUACUGUAAAUUACUGUUUCAUAUCUAAAACUACAGUUUUCUCAUAACACUGAUUUACACGCACUACAUCUUUAUUUUUUUACACUGUUUGAGACAUUUCUGCCACACUGACAGCUGUUUCUUCUGCACAAAAACAAUUGCUGUGUUUCCACCAAUAACACCGGGAACUUUUAAUCCCAGAGGUUCCACUGAGGUCCAGAGGCUUGUCGAGAUCAAGCAGGUUAGAUGAUGCAUGAAGAAGAAAAAAGAAAUAUGCAUUGCCCAAAGGUCCGCCCCAGAGUCCUUUAACUUUUAGGAAUUAGUACUCCGAAAGUUGGGACUUUUGGGGGGGCUAAAACAUACGACUACAUAAAACAUGUCCAUGACAAGCCCAGUGUGUGACAUGGAACCAAAAACCAACAAAACCUCUUGUACAAAGAGAGCGAUCGGCAGCCCACUGUUUGCGAGAAGUGAGCUGCACGACAUAAUUUCUUGUUUUUGUUCGAUUUGUUUGACAUUUGGUGUGGAUCAGCUGUCCACUUUAUUUCACCCGGCAGUCCUUUUACCUCCAGGAGCUGCCCCCAUAAUUUGGAAAGACCUGAGACCCCACUGGACUUAAGUACUAAAGUAAGUUCCCCCAAAGUUCCUAACUCUAUUGAUGGAAGCACUGAUAAUGACACGGUUUCAUAUCAGAGUCAAUCCUUUCCAUAGACCAACAUACUGACUGAUCUUGUUAUUUUUAUGAUUGAAACUGACUUCCAAAUUUGUGUUUGUUUGUAAAAAGUGUUAAAAGUGUGAAGUCCAUGGACCAGCAGAAGUUAUGCAAGGACAAAAUUCUGUUAUAAUAUAGAAGCGGAUGAAAAUUGGAGGCGUUUACUGUUGGUUUAAGAGGUUUGAGGUUCUCAGAGGACGCUCGCACAGGCCUGUAACAUCCUCAGCUUCCAUAUCUGUGUGUCAUUUCUCAUCUGGAUGUUUCUCAUAAAUGCUAUAAAAUUAAAAAUGUGUUGAAAUUCGGUUUUUAAUCGAUGAAGAAAGAGCAGAUUAUUCGCCUUUACAAGCUCUGUCAUCAUAGUUUCCACGCCGUCUCUCUGAGCUUUAGAAAAGAAGCUGGUUGUCUUAAAUCUUUGUUGACCACCCUGCUCUUACCGUGUUUUAUCCUUCUGUUGGAAUUCAUAUUUCUCCAGGAUUUUAUGAUUGCUCACCUGCACUGAGGACGUUGACUAAAAACUGAGAAAAAUGACUGACUGCUGGGACUCAGAAUGAACCAGGAGAAAAUCUGUGUCCUGUGCUCUGGAUCAGGACUCUGGGCUCUGGGAACUUUGGCUUUCUUUGGUGACUUUCUAGACACAGGAAGAGCGUCAUAUGUGCUUCUGUGAUCUAUUUACACUGAGGACCUAUGUGUGAAAACAACCCUCAUAAGCUCCCCCCCGCUGACUGAAUCUCUAUCUUACGGCUAUGAUUAAAAGCUAACCUCUAUAUUGUAGUCAAUGGAUGUGUGUUGUUUGCAGUUGUGGUAUGUAUGGAAGGGAUCAGGUCUGGAGACGGACUACUAGUAUGUUCUGUGUUUGCCUGUCUGCUGUUCAAGUAUUACUAAAUUGUGUAAAAUUCUGUUCACGUGCUCCUUCUCAGUUCUGUUAACCGUUACAGGAUGUACAUAAUGAUCAAGUGCAGUGCACAACAAUAAAUAGGAAACUGAAAACUGGGCGAGUGAGCAGCUCCAAUCAAGGUGGAUGUGGUGUGUUUCUUCUUUUGGCCGCUAGAGGGCAGCAGAGUACAAACCAGUACUGUACAACUGUGGGCGAAAUUGAAAGAUGAAUGCUCAAAUGGUGAAGUCAUAAAUACAAAAUCCUAAUCAGGUAAGUGUAAAAAUAAGUCACUCAGAUUGGUGUGAUUGGUGUUACAAUAAAGUUGUAAUUAUUUUUUCAACUUCUUUCAACUAAAGAUAGUAACGAUAGUUCUGUACAGCUCCAUUUUCAAAAGUUAUUAGGGGGUUCAUGUUUUCUAUGAUUGACACCUGAUACAGCCUAUGGGCAUACAAGGAUUGCAUAGCUCGCCUGGGGAUACACUGUUUGAGCCGAGCGUCAUUGCGUCGACUCUACCGCUGAAUGCGCACAAAUUGAGAGAAAACAGAAUUACUGAGAGCUUUUUGGCUUCAAAUUCGUAUACGGGCAGAAGGCGGAAGCAAGUUGUCCAUAGUAUAUACAGUCUACGGUGUAACAUUAGCAGAGCUAGCACCACUCCCCUUCAUUCUCCAUGCAGUUUAGAGGUUGUAUUCAAAUUUAAGCAUGCAUAGGCACCUUCAACACAACUUAUGACCAGCAAUUCAUAAUAACUAAAACAUUUUUAGCAUGUUUAACCGACACCCUAAUUUUGGUGCCCACCAGCAAGGGCAAACAGCCCCCUUCACAGCCACAUUUGAUGAUAUUAAGCCAACUGUAAUGCCAAUGAUCAAUCAUACAGAUGUAAAUAGUCAAUAAUAUAAUCAAAAUCCCUAAUGCUGGUCUAUUAAUUAUUUGUUGAAUAAGGUAUAAUCUACCUGCAGUCCCCUCUUAACCCACUAGAGGGGGUUCUGCCCAGUCUGCUGUGUAGUUUUAAGGUCCAAAGUGAGAAAGAGUUCUAAUAGCCAGUAAAAAAAUUGUGAAGUGUAAAUACAAAGAAGCUCGGUAUGCCUGUCAAUCAGUUUUAGUAUCGCUUAUCUUGUAACCUCGAUAUCUUCAUGAAGCUCAGACCAAAAGUGUUGUUUUUUUUUAACCAGGCUUUAACAUGUUUAUUUUGGCUUUUUGGGUUUGGUGUAUUUCUGAUGAUAUAAAGUGAGGCACAGCUUGUGGGUGUUACUUUUCACACAGUUUUGUAUUCACUGAACAACCUAAACCACUGUGCCUUUGCAGACAAUGUUCAAGGCUGGAUAAGUUCCCGCUGAGUUGAUAUUACUCACAGCUUGUAGCUCCAAACCUAAAUGGAGGGUCGUUAUAGAUGAAACAGCAUAUCUAUGAGUAUUUGGAUCGGCAUAAUGUCUUCUCUAAGUGAAGAACUUAGUCACCAUACUUUACAAACUUUCCUUGGCUCCAUAUAAAAUAGAAACUGUUUUUCCUUUUAUGUACAACAACAUCUAACACUAUCGUUCACACACAGGCUAAAAAAAGCCAUCUUCUUCCCAUUAUCUACUGAGUCAGUGUGCAAAAACUUGAUAAAAGGAAUGUCUGCUUCACUUUUCAAAGCGAAUUUCAGACAUUGGUCAACUGACUUUACAGGUGCAGGCAUUAAGCAGCCAAGAAAAGCAAAGGCGACGCUCUCCUUUGGUGGCGCUGCAUUUCAACACACUGAUGAUAAUAGAUAGAGACAAUAACAACAAUGCUUCUGUUCAUGACAUAGAAAAUCCCAUAUGUGACCAGUCAGGAUAUCAUGAGUUUUCCCUCGAGGCUCAGAUGCGGGAAAUUAGCCCUGCGGUGUUUGUGUUUCACAGCCCGGAGGGAAAAAUUUGGGGUGAUUUUUUCCCCCCCUGAAAUCAGUGAUUCAUUGUGAAUUAAGGUUUCAGCUGGGCUCCUCACUUUUUCCCCUCCUCUCACUCCCCUGCUGACGCACUUUGAGAGAAGUGAUGGAUAGAGAUCAUUACCAUAUGCUGAUUUUAUAUUUUACACAUCCUAGAUCAUUAAGCACGAGUUUAUAACACAAACACAUGAAAGCAAAUAAACAUCUUCCUUCUUCAUCUCAUGUUUACUUCCAUUCCUGAUAUGACUAACUUUCCUGUCAUUGUUUCUGUACAUCAAGACUGUUGCUGUAGAGAAGCCAGUGAAGCUGUAAAGGAGAAUAAACAACACCUCUGACUCUGUCGAGCAUUUCUAUCUAUUCCCCCCAGAGCAGCACUUAACCCUGUGUGCUUCACUGGUCACCAAGCGAAAGACCCCCUACUGUGACUGACAGUAUAUAACUGUAUUUCUGUAGAAACAGGCACGUCUGCAAAACACUGCAUAGUUCCAAUCAGAUCCAUAAAAUUCAGGAGAAAAAGAGCAGCUGAAGAGCUGCUGUCCACACACUUUGUACAGAUGUUUUCCUUAAAGUUGGCUGACUUGCUUGGAAAUGCACAUUUCCCCUGAGAUGCAGGACUGGGGAAUUAUCAGGAAGAUAAAAACAUGUUUUCUCAUGGCCCCUCUGAAUGGUCAGAUAGGAGAGCUAUACUGUUAAGAGGGUAGAAGCCAGCAUUACUUCUGGAGAGGGGUGAGCACGGGGGUAUUUUACGGUAGAAUCUGACUGCUAGAUAUUACCGUCUACUGAUGUUCAGGGGGUGUUGCUUCAGUUAAUAACAAGUCAAAGGGAACCAAGUUUGAGCGGACACUUUAAAAACCAUAGAUGUGUUUAAUGUCCCCAUAAAGCUAACCGUAUCAGAAUGAUGAGAGUAGUUUUAAAGCUGCUUUUACUUUGUGCUGAAUCACCCGCUUACAUUUAAUAUUUCCACACAAUAAAAUCGACUUCCUUUGCCGUGUCGUGUUCGGCUCAAUCAAAAGUCACUGUGAUAAAGUUAAACGCUUUAACUACAACAUGAACUUCCAGCCUCACAUGCACUGACUUGAUAAAAAGGAACAUUUCCCACAUGAAGGGUGUGAUGCGGUGAGAGUAAAUAAAGGCGUUUUGGUGUGUGUGGGUGUCUUCAUAUGGGAAGGAAUUCAUAUCCUGCAGGCUAAGACACAGAUAUUGCAGCCUGGGUGUGUUGAUUAAUGUUCAUUGUUUUCAUUGGAAUUUUCUGCUCCCUGUCUUCCCUUAGAGACGAACAGACUAAGACAGGGACCUGUUUUAUUUAAUAUCCUCCAAACCAAGGGCUUUACUAUGACAGAUAUAAUAGAAAUUUGUACAUUUGUCAGGGGUUUGACAAAUGAUCGGCCACUUGAAAGACGUGUAAGAUUGGCUAGAACAAAGGAGGGUUACGUAACAUGGAAGGUUUUCUCUGAUUGAACGAUUGAGUGGAGGAAUUUGAUUAGCAGAAAGGAAAGCAGGGCACUGAUUGGCUGAUUGACAGGAGCCUUUUGGCCCAUUUCCUCGUUAUCCGAUUCUUACUUACUUCCUUCUUUCUCCCUUCUUCAUCCCCUCUUUCUUAUUUUUUUCUCCCCUUACUUCAGCUUAGUGUAACUAACUGCAGUCGUGUUAUUUGUACAAAGUUGUUAAAGUCUGCCUUUACUCAGUCUUACUUGUCUCUUUUCUUGAUUUGUCUUAACUCAAUAUAACAUCUCUGUCAGUCUGGAUUCAGUUUGAGAGAUUGUAAAAUGGUUUAAUCUGCCUCAGGUGUUGUGUUAAAGUGUUGGUCAACCUUUCCUUUCUUUUGGGGUCAGCAGAGUUUUGGGAGCUUACUGGCAGCUCAAAAAUAGCAGAUCCUCUUUGGCUCUGCCAGUUUACAAGCAGCUGUAGCUGUGAUGGAAACCAGCGAUGGCGCUAUAUAUAAGAACUUUCAGGUAUAUAACAGCAGUAUUUAAAAUAGAAAGGCUGUUGUUGGGGUGUGCUACUCUUUGAUAUUUGUAUAGUAUGGAUUGAUCGGUAAAGAACCAAAACUAUCAGCUUAAGGGCACUACAAUGCUGAGUGUAUACAUGUCCACUUUGGUUUAUCAAAACAAACAACCUUCAUAAAAACAGAAUGUGUGAUAUGAGUUGGUCAGAUGUAUUUAUGAGAUGGAAAACUCCUUCUUGUGUGAAGAUUUGGCAAAGCGGAUUGCAUAAUUACUCUGUGUAGCUGUGCAGCUCUUCAAAGUACCACCUGUUUUCACUAUUUCAGGGUUUUGCAAUCCUGCUGGCUACUGGUGCAGGACCGGAGCUCAGUGGUUACUUCGAUCAGUACAAACCCACUGACUAGUGUGUCUGGAUUUGAGCCACCCACCUUGGCUGGUCACUUUUUGUCUUCAGCGUAGGAGCUUUCAAUAAAGUCAGCACUCUGCAAGGUCUUUCAUUAUAGCACACUAUAGUUUUCUUUGAGUGCAGGACUAUGACUCAGAGAGGGAGAAAGUGUUGUAUAAAUCUAAUCUAUUACCAUUCACCUCUCUGACAGCAAGGACAAUUUUAUAUAAAGGACCUAAUCAACGCAAAUAAUUAAGUUUGCAAUAAGUCUUUAGUGUCCACAAGGAUUACUGUUUUAUUAUGUGAGUCAGAUAUUUCCAAGUUUAUGAGGUAUUUUUUCGGCAUAUACGACGAUCUUCAAGCAAGUUUGAUCAAAUUUGGAGCGGUAAAGUUUCCAUAAUCUAACCUUUAAACCAACAUGAAAGAUCACCUUCCUGGAAGACAGAACAAAGCAGAGUUGUGUCCCAUCAAGUUUGUUUGGCCUCGUUGGAGCCGAGUGGUCAGGGAGGAGCCUGCUGUGAAUGAGGACCAUUGCUCUCGGUUAGAGUGCGUCAGAGAAAUUAUGGGAUCAAAUAUCCCUCGUCACCAACUCAAACACACACAGACAACCCCCUCAAAGCACCUCGAAUUAAAGGGGGACUUUUAAUGCAGCUGCUGACAGAUGGCAGGCUUGUCACUUCGCUCUAAAGUUAGUCCAAGCCUCGGUGAAAUCCCUUUGUGUUCACAGCUACAAAUACACACAUACAGUCUAUGUAUAUACACACUUUAAUAGAGAUGGCCUCUGUCCAGUAAAAUCUGAGCCUCAGUUACAAUUUACAGUGCACCCAGAGGUAAACACAUGCAUGCUUGCUCACUGUGGUGUGUGCGCAGUGUUGUGCAUGAUUGGUGUGUAUUCUGACACUGUGUAACAGAAAUAGACCCUCAUGCCCAGAAACAACACAUAACACUCUGAACGCCCUGGACUGCUUCUACAAAUGCCCGCGACAUCAAGAGGGAGACAAAUUCAUUUUCCACAGUGGACUCGUGAAUAUGUGCUGAAGUUGGGCAGCUGGUGAGUACUUCUUUCGGUAAACAGCUGACCGUUAUUGACACACCUGUUGAAACAAAUGGUGGCUGUUUGGUUAGUGUGGAAAUAUUCAUUGAUUUUUUUGAUUGUCACCCAACUUUUUUCACGUUUACUUUGACUUUUGUUCAAAUUACCUUUUCACUUUGAGAAAAUGCAAUCUAUCUGUUUCCUCCAAGAACAGAGUGAGCAUGAAAGUUUUCAGCUAAUUUUUCACAGAUUAGUAAAUGUUUAGCCAACAGAGUGUAAUACGGCAUACACGCACUCAAGAAGCUGCAUAGGUCAAAUACCACUGCCUCCUAUGAUACCACUAAGGCCUCUUCAGAAAGGUGUUCAGGCAGGGCAAACAUUUGGAGCAUAGAUGUGAAACCGCAGAUUUGUUCAAGCAGCUAAUUUCCCCAGAAGUUUAAGUCUGAACCAGGUAAGAAAACACUCUGUAAUCCUGUGUACAGUCAUGUUCAAAUGUGGGCUCUUUUCUAAAUCCCUGAGGAAACAAUUUAAAGUCUGUUUACUUUGUGUGGCUAACAUUAGCAGAGCUAGCCUAGUAGCUAAUGUGUCUUUGACCCUCCUGCAGAUUAUUGUCAACUCUGCUUCAGUCAUGAUCACUGCAGCUACAAGAGGCUGUUGUCUAAAAAUAAAAGUAAACAAGUUGUAAAAAGCCGGUGAACAGACAGUGUACACUUACAUAUAUGUGAGGAGGAGCUUUGUGUGUAAGUGAGCUGGCAUGAAGCUGCCAGCAGUGCAAACUAGACUUUUAUUUUGUUUGAUUUGUGUAUAAAAAAAGACAUUUUGGGGGGUUGAAUUUUCCUCGGUACAGUGUAAAUGUAAACUAAUCCACACUGGGAUUAAGGCUGUGACUCUAUUAUGACUCAGGUUUGUGCACUUCGCCAGUUUCCCACAGCCUUGAAAACUGCCCUCCUGAUCCAGCUGCAGUUUAAGCUCAGGUGCUCCAGUUGCAAACACAUUUAAGACAAGCCUGGGGCGAACUCUUGCCAGGCUGACUUUGAUUGGCAAUCCAGUGCUUGUUUCAUUGAGCUAUCUUUUAAUCCGUGUCUAAGAUAACAGUCCCGGUCCAUUUGCAGGGUUCAAUCUGCUGCCCA